UCCAGAUGCUGCCCGGUGAAUUGUGUUGUCAGUUCGUGGUCUAGUUGGGGAUCUUGCAACGCGCGUUGCGAAAGUAAUGGUCAACAAACGCGCAGCCGCAGGGUAACAACUGCGGCUUCCUGCAAAGGUACUCCCUGUCCAACACUGACACAAACAAAGUCUUGCCGAGGGCCCUGUUGUCCAAGAGAUUGUCAGGUACAUUUAUUUCGCAGGUGAUAAAUUAAUUCAUUUAAGUUAAUUCAUUGUAAGUAGUCUAAUGUUAUUUUAAGCUAAAAGUAAUUCAGCACAAGUUUAACAUCCACUGUCCAAAAACCUCGUCGAGGAAGUCGAACUCCUUAACGCGCGUACCGCUUACGUAAUGCACACUCCCAACACACUUAGACGCACCCUAGUCAGAAGAAAAUAACAGCUAUCGAAAAAAUUUCAUCAACGCCCUUCUUCGAUCGACUUCUUGUAAAUAAUGUUUCUGCAGCAGCUCUUUUACACGGUGACCAUAAUGUUAUGCGCAUUGAUAGUCUAAUGUGUACAGUGCAAAACCAGCGAUUCACAUUACAGUGGAACUUCUAUUCAGGGGACACCAUCGGCACCGAGGCAGUGUCCCCUGAAUAGAUGUUAGGUUAAGGUUUGUUAAUGAUUAGCCAACAAAGACAAUGAAAACCCAUCUGUGCGUGAUUUUAUGUUGAAUUCACACAAGUGCACUAUAUCGAUUUAAGUGAGAUACUUCAGUUUGUGAAAGUUUCGAUAACUGUGAUUAUUAACCCUCUUUGUGGUCAGUUACUCUUUUAGUGCCGGCUAAGGUGUCCCCUGAAGGGGGGUUAAACCCGGGUUACGGGACCCAGAUAUAGUGUCCUUUUCCCUGAAAAGAGGUGUCCCUUCAAUACAGGUGUCCUAAAGGAUUGUUUCAACUAUAUUUCUUUUAUGUUUCUUUUUUUCCUUUCAGGUUAGCAGUUGGUCAUCUUGGGGGUCAUGUUCUGCACCUCCAGGCAGGUGCAGUACGAACAGUGGUACCAGAAAAAGAACAAGAAGGGUGACUUCAUAUCCCAGCUGUGGAGGAUCAUCGUGCCCUACAUUAACCCACACAAUUCAAUGUACACCUGUUCCCAUCCCUUGCAAGGUUAUUCUAAUAUUUUUUUUGUUUUUGUUUUUUCACAUCUGCUGCUUGUUUGUCAAGUGUUUUUUGUACAUUUGUCGUGACCUUUAACAUGAAUCGUCAUCUUUAAAAUCAUCACUAGGGAGCUUUGGCAACGAUUACAGCUCAUCGAAAACGUUUGAAAUGAAUUCGCGUUUUGACGGUGUAUCAAAAUGUUUUUGCACGAUAAAAGUUGUUGUUGUGUUUUUUAAACUAGUUGCUUUUUUGGCGUUCUCUUUGCCGUCGCUGCCGUCGUUUUUAAAGCGCCCUAAUGUCGACAUCAAAACGAGAACCUGCAUAUUGCCACUCUCAUCAUUAACCUCAAAAGUAUCAGUGGGAACAUCAGCCUCAGCUCACAGUCGCUAUCACCACCAUCAUCAUCCUCAUUAUCAUCAUAAACAAAAAUAGUCUAUAAUCACUAAGAUCACUCAGAAAAAUCAGUGCAAUCGAGCACAUUGAGAUGUAAUUCUAUCUCAGUGUUAAAUUGCUAUGAAUUUUGUCAGUUGCUUGCUUUCUCAAUAAAAUUUUCGAAUUCGUAAAUUCAAAUCGUCAUCAACUUAAAAAAAAAAUUUGCGAAUGUAAUCACCCAUUUUCACAUGGCUAAGUCAAAGCCUGCGUGAAUUCCCUCUCACGUAAGUAUCCGACCAUAUAGUCUUCAUUACUUAAGGUGCCUGAUGGUUUUUAAUUCAUUGUUUAGAUGAAUGCGUGGUCGAGCACCUCACGCACAAGGGGUUUGUUACCGUUUACGCCUCGACCAUGAGUCAUAGUCUGUGCAUGUCAUCGAUGGGUCGGUAUAACGUCAGGGCGCACAGGGCGGUGCGCUGUCUGUGCGACGUGCACACACAGCUGCUGCCCGCGGGAUUGCGCUGUGUCGUCUUGGAGCUCGUGGAGUACGUGUUCUAACACCUGUGGAACCGGUGAGUGAUUCGAGGGCCUAUUUUAUACUGAUAUCUUCUGAUGAAGACCUCUAUUUAGGCAUUACCGUCGCCUGUGAAUAGGCCCUUCCCUAUGGGUUCAAGGGAGAUAAAGGGACAUAAGGAAAACUGUUGAAAGGGAGCUUCUUUCACUAUAUCCCUUACUAUUGAUAGAGCCUGUUAAUUCACAGGCUAAAAUUACAGCUACACCUGUAUGAAGUGGUUUCGCUCAAGGAUGGCCAACUGACAGCUUGAUUCAUGAUUAACCAACCAAACAAAAAACAAGAAAGGGAGAUAGUGGCAAGGAGAAGUAUCCGUAAAAAUACAAAAUAAACUCAAAAGAUUUUCUAUCUCUUGUUAUUGCAAAAGGAACGACUGGAUUUUCGAACAAAAAAAAUAGAUAAAUAAAUGAAGAAAUUAAUAAAUUAAAAAAAAAAUAAAAAGAAACAACAUACAUCUUUUUUAGGGAAAAAACAAAAACAAUGGUGCAGUUAAGAAUUGUAAACAAGCGUAGAUAAAAAUACAAAGUGACUGAGUGGCACAAAGAUGAACUGUAAGUGUCGAUUCAAAAUCAUUCAUGCUGGGUUGAUCUAAAAUAGAAGAGGGUAAAGUGUCCCAUUAAUAUAAGGUUCUAGUACAGAAAUUGGAUUUGUGCUGCUGUGACUACCAAUGUUUAUAGAACGAUUACCAUGGAAAAAGGAAAACAACCACUUACCACUGAUAAAAAUAGACUGAAUAGCGCAAGUGCAAAUUUGCUUUUGUUCGAAGGUACUGGAUACUGGAUGUUUUUCACUUUUCUAUUUCAAUUACUCCAGUUUUAGGAACUAUCGGCAUGUCUGAACAGGAACAAGUUAUUACAGCGAUUUUCGUAUGACCUUGAAAAAUGGUUUCGGAAAGUGUCCGUUAUUUGUUUUAUCAGCCAAUGGAUGAAAAGAACAAAACAUAGACUCUUCGUUUUCCCGCCAAAGAAAACCCUAAUAUGGAGAAAGCACCUUUCGAUUGGCCAAUCGCGUUGCGGUAUGACGCCAAAGCGAAGUAUCGAUUGAUUCUAGGAAGUUCUUGGGCGACAGGGUUUUUCACCCGAGCGUUCGCUUAACCAACCAAAAGCCACGCGCGUUUGUAUCCGUUCGAUAAACCAAUCAAAUCGCUCUAUUUUCGUUCGUUUUUUGUUUCUGUUUUGUUCGCGCGUUUUCGUUUCAAGGUCAUACAAAAAAUCGCUCUAUAAUAAACAUGAAGAUUUUAAUUAGUUCUUAAUGCUUCUCAGGUACAAAGACAAGAACACGGCGCAUUACUGUUCAACCAUAUUGUAAUGGAAGAGCUUGUCCAGCCUUGAGAGAGAGAACAAGGUGUUCGCAGUACAACAACCGCGAUUGCGUCAUGUCUUCGUGGUCAUCCUGGUCAAUUUGUAGCAAUGGCUGCGGAAGCGGACAGUCCACCCGAACUCGCCGAAUAAUAUCGCCAGCGGUAUGCCGCGGGAAAGCAUGCGGAGCUAGAACCGAGAGCAGGCAGUGUACUGAUUACCGUGAGAAUAGAGAUUGCGUGGUACGUUUUAAAAUUGUUUUUACGUAUUGAAAUAUUUUAUACCAAUAACUUUGAACUCUGGUUGAAAAAUAGUCUCGAACACCCUGUCAGCAUAGCCUUACUUUAAUUUCACUUGCUCUAUUUUGGCGUAACCGUCGAGAAAGACCCUGCGUGAAUCGAGGUAAGAUCCUAGUUGAGCAUGAGCGGUAUGUGGCUAAGAUGUAGUUUCGGACCCAGGCCUAAAAACCGUGCGCUUGCUACAACGGGCUCGUUUAUGAUCAUCGGUUUAUCAAUAAACGGAUUUUCGCACACGAUAAAACCAGUUUGACGAGGAAAAACAAGAUUGACUUGUCCAAAAGUUCAAUCUGCGGCGACUUCAAAGCCUUGACGUGAUUCAGGCAGAGCCUCCUUUUAUCCUCCUCACUCAAGAAGACAAAAGAAGGCUUUGUCUGCAGGGUGGGUCUUGACUGCUUGUCUAAACGUUAAUUGAGAUUUGAGAUAUGUUGAGUUCAUACCCGGUGAAAUGAAUACAAGACCACGUAGAUCAGUCAUCCAAAUUCACUGCGGUAGUGCUCGUGUUGAACAAAGUUGAGAAAGUGGUUCAUACAGUUUCAACUUUUCGAGAACGAAAGAAAUGUCGAGAAGAUAUUGACACAAAAGUACCUCACAACGCAAUGCUGAGAGGGGUUAUUAAACCAUCGGCUCUCAACGUUGUGAUACGACGUUCUGAUAAAGAACGUGUCUUCUAAUUUCUAAUUGGCAAUAUAAAGACCAGUAAACGAAGACUUUUUGGCGUUACAUUCCGGUGAUCCUGCCCUUUGCUAUACUAUACACAGUGGCCCCGCGCUUAUUUUUUAAUUUAGCGGUCAUGAUCUUGAAGCAUAUUUUAAGCCUAAUUUACUCGAAUAAGUUUUACUUGACAAAGGACAACCUUGCUCGUGUAAUUAGAAAAAAAAUUAUUGGCAAGUUUUUUCUGAUCAAAGGAAAACUUGUCCAGUUUUAUAAUAAUAAAUAAUAAUAUAGCCUGCGCUUGGAAGUAAUGGGUGCAAGAAAGAACGGGGCGCGCGAGGGACACGCGCGUGUGUCCCUCGCACGCCCCGUUUUUUCUCCAAGAGCCUUUUACGUAGGCUAAUGUUAAUAACAGUUUUUAACCAGGAGACUCUCUCACCAGGGUGAUUUUCAGAGAGGUCCAUUUACACCACUGAACAAGUAUUCUUUGUCAAGGAAAGCUUGCUCUUGUAAAUACGGAUAAGCCGCUGCAAUAAAAAGUAUUGAGAAGUACUGUCGUACUUAUGUCUGUACUUAUGUCUUAUGUCUGUUAUACUUUUAUAAAUUUAAUGCUAAUCCGCCUUAUUUUAAACGUGGAGUAAAAUUCUGCCUUGUACAUGGACAGCCUAAAGAUGCAACGUUUAAGAUAUUUAGAGAGUAAGAAUUUCAAUAUUUUAACAACAGAGAGGAAUUAUAGGAUAAAUUUGAGAAAAUUUGGUUCCAUUCUUUGUUUGUUUGUUUGUUUGCUUUUUUUUUACUUUCAGGUUAAUUCUUGGGGUUCAUGGGGAGUUUGCAGCGAAAAAUGCGCUGUUGGGACAAAACAGCGAACGCGGACAGUUAAGAUUUCUAAAAGGUGCCGCGGAAGAAUGCACUUAGGGUAAGAAUUUAUUGUCAUAUUUUUUAGGUUACACAGGUGAAAACUUUGAGGUUGCACUGGUGUUGUUGAUGUUGUUGUUGUUGUUUUUUUUCUUUUAAUUUUUUAAAAAAAAUUCGUCGACAACUUGCAUGAGCAAGAAAAGCAUCGAUUCAUGAUCCCCUUUUUACACGUCGAGAAUAUUUCUCCAUAUUUUUUCAUCGAACGGUGGCUAUCAAUUGACUUACUUCGGCAUUGUCGACCUGAGCGAGUGCUGACAGAUGGCCUUCAGAGCGUUGGUGUAACUAAGAUACUCAGGAGACCACUUCUCAAAAACCAAGAAGCUCCGUUCAGGACUUUUCUCCCUUCCAUUCAUACGCAAAAUAAUCCGGGGCUUCGUAGAAUUCAAGUUCAAUAAAGAACCAACAAGAAGAAAAGCAUCAAACAAAAUACCAUCACACGCCCCUCCGUAUCAUCUUAAGUGUGUCGUUCAAUCUUAAUUUCAUCCCAACGUAACUAGUUCCCAGAACACUUGUUUUUCCCUCGUUUCUGAACCUAUUUGCUCUUCACAUUAAUUACCCAAUUUUUUCAUGGAUGUUGUAGUCAUGUAUUUUUUUGGUGUUUAAAAUAUAAGGAAACGUCACAAUGUGGAACGCCAAACAAUGGAUGCCAGCAUAAAUGCACCAAUGGCGUGUGCUCCUGUAAUGCUGGAUACUAUCUGGCCCGAAAUAAGAAGAAUUGUAUCGCCAAGGAUUGUAAUAUGCCAAUACCAUCAUAUUGUGCACCAGGUCAGUGAGCAUAAAGCAGAAAUAUUAAAUAACGCAAACAAACAAAGAAACAAAAACAACAACAGUAACCUUAGAAUUAUAUGAGAGAAGAUCAUCGCAGUAUAUGGCUGACGCAACUUUUGCAGUUGCGAAAAGAAAGCUUUCUCAUCGCAACUGCAAAAGUUGCGUCUGUAAGUGCGACGAUCUUCUUCCAUAUAAUUCUUUACCCCGCAGUUCUCAUAUAUGAUUUUCACAUAUUCAUAACUUGAGUAACCUUAGAGUAACCUUAUUAAGAUCAAUGAGGAGGGAAUGUAUCUAUCACGGACCAAAAAAUGUUUUUGAUAAUAUCAGAACCAUCAAAUUAGUUUAUCAAUUUUAAAAGUGCAACUUAGUUAGAAGCCGUAAAAAGAAAACUCGUUUAUGUAAAGCAAAGACCAUUUUAUCACUUUAAAGAAAAUGCUUCGCUCUUUCUUCGCCACUUUUUUGUGACGGAAUGUCAGUAUGUGUAUAUUCUUUCAGGCUCUUUGUAAUCUGCAAGAUAUUUCAGAUAGUUCAGAUGUUUUGUAGUAAAGCUAUAAUUCUCAAUCCACUCAGACUUUUUUUUUAACAUUGGUAAAUAGAGAAUGGCCCAUAAGAUCGACUGUUUGUUAUGCAAAACAUGGUAAUUCUUGAUUUUGGGAAUGGUCGAACAGACACAGCUGCAGCCAAAGUAGCACCUGUUUUGAUAGUCGUAUUUCUUUCAUUAAUACGUCCAUAAAUUCUAUCUUGUCAUUUGUUAUACUGUACAGACCUAACGUGCGGACAUUUUCAGGUACUUCACUUGGCAGCACGUGCAAGCAUGCCAAUGUCACGUGCCCAGGAGGUAAGACCACGUAUCCUGUCACAUGUUCCUUGGGAUGUCCUCAAUACUAUUCCAUAAAAGGAGCGUCCACAAUCACGUGUCAGACGUCAGGACAAUGGACGUCUUAUGCGUCUUCAUACUGUCGAAGGAACAACGAUCCGCCUUCACAGGUAACCUUUUGUGAGAACUCUCGUUUCACUGAUAACAGCAAUUAAUUCGUUGCCAAGGAUCUGAAGGUGUUAUUAUUACCUAAACACAGCAGAUUACCAAAUUAAAUGUAAAAAUUUAUUGCUAAAAGUAAUAAGCUCUUCAUUUCAAGUUUGAUGUAGAUAAUAAUAAUCAUCAUCAUUAUCAUCAUCAUAAUCAACAAAAAUAAUGUUUUUUCAAUUUUUGAAUUCAAUGAAAUGAGCCUGUUACGACAACGUUUUGUACUUGAGAUUUAGAAACUUCCGACAAUUUUAAUAGGUAGUUGUGAUCUACCUUUAGACAGGCGAGAUUCCAGUUAGGAAAGCCAGGGCUUGUGUCUAAAUGUGGCUUUCAUCAGCGCGUUCUUCUUUUCCAGAUUACCUUGUCUGGCGCAGCCAGUGUUCCAGAAAACCAACCACGUGGGACUAAAAUUGGCACGUUCUCCACUGUGGAUCCUAACACUAAAGACAAGCACACCUACAGCAUCGUAAGCGGAGGGAGCGGAAAAUUUGAGCUUCGAGGAGCAGAUCUGUUCACACUGACCAUGUUUAAUUAUGAAACAUCUCCAAACAGGUGAGUGUGAAGGCAUGUUCAUUGCGCCCUUAUUCGCUGCUUAGUUUUUUUCCCUGUGUGGUUAUUCAGUGAGCGGAAAAUUUCUGUUUGUAUUACGCUGUACAUUUUCACUCGCAAUAAGGAACGCAGUGUGAACACUUAGCCGCUGUGCCUUUGUUCACUGCUGGGUUUUACCCUUUGUGGUCAUUCCUUUUUGGAAUGAAAAUUUCUGUUUGUGUCACCUUGUAGAUUUUCACUCGCAAUAAGGAGCACACUGUGAACGCUUGGUUAUUGUGCCCUUAUUCACUGCUCUAUAGACCUUUUUCGUUACUUCAAUAACCACACAACAGUUCAAUAACCACACCAGUAGUUCAAUGACCACGCAUUAGUUUAUUGAGCUUAAACUACGUGCAGCUGCGGGAGAAAAUAGCCACAAAUACGUUAGAUUUUUUUAAUAUGAAUGUGUAGCGUUAAGUAAGUGGUAAAUACUCAUUUAGCAACGAUACAAGAACUAAAUUGAGAAAUAGCUAUGGAACAGACCUGGAAAGAGAGUAAGCGCUCAAAAGGAGAAAUAAUGUGGCCCGAAAGAAAACGACACACUAAAUAGUGAAUAAACCGACUAACCACGUGCGAAGAGAAAGCAGAAAAUAUAACGGUUAACGGCGGAGAAAAUCCUGUUUUCUGACUCUCUUUCCGCACGUUUCAAACUGUGGUACCACAGCUGGCCCUAGGUGCCUGAGUCGACUAACACCAGUCCAUGUUUAUCGAAUGGAUAAUCGGUACCUCAUAAGUCCAGAAUUUUCCAACUUCUUCGGCUGUUUUGACUUGAAGUCAGCUGCUGUGUUUCCUGUCCAUAUCCAAAAGGUUUUUACAAAAUUAAUUAGAACUGAGUUUUACCCUUUUAGUUUGUGGUCAUUCCUUCUUGGGCUGAAAAUUUCUGUUUGUGUUACGCAGUAGGUUUUCACUCGUAAUAAGAAGCACAGACAACGGCAGUCCGCCAAUGAGGUUGGAAAAAACAUUUACAAUCUCGGUGACAGAUCUGAAUGAAAAGCCUACGGCGAUCCAGGUAAGCAGAGUGUGGCUUCUAAUUUAUAAUCAUAAAUGACCCGUGUGAAAAUUCCAUUGAUCGGUUUGGCAGGACACGAGAAACACAAUAAUAACUCAAACAACAAAACUUUCGUUACGAGGUGUAUUGUUUGGUUCUGUCGUUUCUUUUGUUCAGUUACCUAAUCUGUGCUCCGGUGCCUGCCGCAAGUUAAUGUAUGAAGUGUAGAGCAUUUACGUUAAGAGCUAUUGUAUAGAUCUAACGUCGCACUCUCCUUGGGCCCCUAGUUUACGCACUGCUAUUUAAACUGAUAAGGUUGAGCGAUAGGGCCUAGACGAGUUCGAACUCUUAGAGAGUGCACCAGAAAGAGUCCAAAUGUAUGAGAUUUGUUUUAAACCCAGAGCCUGAGAGACAAAUUCCCUUUGAAUCCAGUCAAGUCGCUGAGAGCACCAGCGAAAUCGAGGCGGAUUGGCGUAAUUUCUCAUCAUCCUUUAUUGUUGUUUGUCCCAGGCUUAAUAUGCGCUCAAGGACCUUGAUUCCGCCUCACCUCUCGCUUGUGUUUAAAGCUAUCAUAAAUUACGAGAGUAAACACAUCUAUGUAAUUCAUGGAUAGCGGAUGAGCGGGGUUGAAUGAAGACUGAGGCAGAGGAUAUGAUCGGACUCACCAAACCAUUAUUUUACACAAAACGAGCAAACACUUUGGGCUGAUUUAGAGAGAGAGGAAUAAACAUAGGCUAUAUUAACCAUUGCGUUAGUUGAUCCAAAUGAAUAAAUGCUUCGUUCUUGGUUCAAGCUCAUUACUAGACAUUGAUCUACUUCUCUUGUAGUUGUCAAGUAAUACUGUUGAUGAAAAUAGUGGCGUGGACACGGAAGUGGGCGCGCUAAGCACCGCUGACCCAGAUAACGGGCAGUCAUACAUCUACACGUUGCUAGAUGGCGCUGGUGGAAGGUUUAAGAUUCAAGGAAAUCGUGUUAAGGUAUAGGAGUGUUUCUCAACUCAAUCAAACCACACUAAAAUAAAACGAGACAGUACUUAAGGAAGGUGAGAAAGAAUGGCCAAGUCAUGAAUUGACGCAAGCAAGUGAUUGGCUCCUGACAGCUUCAUCUCUAAAAUAGUGCUUCAUUCCCAGCGUCUCAAAAGAGCUUUAAGUUUUAUCACUGGCCAAUGUGUUUUUGUCCGUUGUCACUUUAUGUCUCUUUAUAAAAAGUUACUCAGGUAGGCCUGCUAGUGUUUAUUGUGUAUCCCAUUUUCAAUAAUCAUGAAAAUUUCCCCUUUAUAUUUAAGGUUGCAAAGUCAAACAGAAAUUGCUUGUUAAAUGGUGGUUCCCAGUGCUUUCUCAAUUUCGAGAGCGUGUCUUCUUACUCUAUAAGAGUACGGAGUGUUGACAGCGGUUCUCCCUCGCAAUCUAUUAACGCCUCAUUAAACAUCUUGUUGAAUGACGUUAACGAUCAACCACGUGGUCUGAAAUUGUCCAAUUACAAGGUGAAAGAAAACGCGCCAAUCAACUUCAAGAUCGGCAAUCUAUCCGCUAGCGACGAGGACAAAGGGCAAAAGCUAAAUUUCUCAUUAACUGAUGACGAUGCCGGUAGAUUUGCUUUAGACAGCAAGGGGGUUCUUUACAAGGCAAAGUCAACAGACUAUGAGACGAGCAAAGUGCACCACAUCGUGGCUAAAGUCACAGAUGACGGAAAGCCAUCAUUAUCGGUAGGUAAACAGGCAUUCCAACAUUAUUGUGGGCAUAGAAUUAGCCUCAUGUAAAACUAAGAGUGCGUCUCUUUAGAGGAAAGCAAGGCGAAGGUAUUGAUCUCAAAUUGUUUUUAUUCGUUAACACGUGAUAACUGGCAACUGAGUGCUUCAAGUAGAAAUUGAAGAGUUGGAGGUAUUAACAAAAUAAUUCUUACCUCCCAUUUGCCGCUUUCGUAUCCUUCCCACCCCCGUGCACCAGUGAAACACACACGCACCCUGCUUUACAGUGUGGUUAAUGGAAUAAUAUUGUAAAACAAGCCUUUCUUGCUAUUUUGCAGAUGACGAAGUUAUUUUCUAUGAGCGUGAUGGACGUCAACGAGGCCCCAGUCUCCAUCGUCCUCUCCUCGAGUAACGUAAAGGAAAAUUCGAAGCCUGGAACUCUUGUUGGAACUUUAAUGGCUACAGACACUGAUCCUGUACAAAACCUAACCUUUAAACUAGAUGAUGACACAGGAGGCAAAUUUUCCUUGCAAUCCAACUCUUCUUGCCAGAGUAUUAGUCCCAAUGGAACUCGCUGCACGACAGAAUUACUUGUCAGCGGCGAUAUAAACUACGAAGAUACCUCAAGCCUGGACAUAAUCGUUCGCGUGACCGAUUACAAAGGUCUUUUUCGCACAGAGAUGUUUAACGUAACAGUAAUUGAUGUGAAUGAACCGCCAACAAAUGUCACGCUAGAUGGAAGUGUAUCUGCUUUAAUUCCUGAGAACAGCAAAGGUGUUCAAGUGGACAGUCUUAUAACAGAAGACGAGGAUCAGGGUCAAAACUUCACUUACGUCUUAAUUAACAACCCAGGGGGAAAUUUUCAAGUAAAAGGGGACAAACUGUUUACUUCUAUAGGCGCCAAACUUGAUUAUGAAUCGUCUACGAGUCACCAAAUCACAGUGAAAUCGACUGAUGACGGUAACCCACCUCUUUCUGUGCAGGUGUCAUUAGUUAUUAAUCUCCAAGACGUUAACGAAAAGCCAACCAAAAUAACCUUGUCCAACCGAAGCGUUCAGGAAAAUGAACCAACUGGAGCGCUGAUUGGUCAGUUGACAGUCAGCGACCCUGACAGACAGCAAAGUCACGUGUGCAGUUUGACCGAUUCAGCCAAUGGGAAGGUAGCGUUAAGUAAGAACCAACUUACCGUUGGAAGUGCAGGCGUCAAUUAUGAAGAUGCAAGUUCGUUGAGCGUUAAAGUCCUGUGUCGUGAUCCCGGUGGCCUCGCUGUGGAGAAUACGUUUGUGAUUCUUGUUCAAGACGUCAACGAGUCCCCCACAAGUAUUUCACUAUCAAAGGACAAGGUUCAAGAAAACCAGAAAGGAGGUACCGUAGUCGCACAGAUAACAGUCACGGAUCCAGAUAACGAGAAAAACCGGGUUCAAUGGUUUACGCUCUCAAUCGCUUCUUCCGACCCAAAUCUACCAUUUCAGAUCCAAAAUAACAGUCUUGUUACCAAACGUCCACUUGAUUAUGAGAACAGCGCUCAGUGGCUUGUGAGAGUGACUGCAAAGGAUGACGGGAUACCUUCGCUCUCUAGAACUCAGGCAUUUACGAUCCAAGUCAUUGACGUAAAUGAUGCUCCUAAUGGAAUGGUGGUAAGAUAUUUUCUCGGUACAUUUGUUUUUUAUCCAAACAAGUUAUGAACCUCCAUUGAGCGGCCAACCUCUAUUAAGGGGUCACUCUCUGUUACCCCGAGGGUGGCCGCUUAAUGGAGCUUAGACUGUAUUAGCAAAUAGAAAGAAAAAUUUUUUGUUUAUUUUCAGGAAUAAUUUCCUGUGGCGCAGGGUCUCAUUAACAACAUUUCUUAGGGCCCCGGUUUUAUGGAGAAAGGUGGUCUUGGGAAAGAAAGUCAUCCUACCAGCCGAGUCAAUAUUUGCGAUCGUUAUGAGAAAAAACUUGAACCCUUUGCCCGAUCUAAGAGCGAGACAACAGCGAUCGCGCAUGCUCUGAUUGUCUCGCCUUGACCAAGCUGAACCGGCUGGGUGAGCCAGAGUUUUUAUAUGGAGAAAGAGGAGGGUGACCCUACCACCGAAACAGGCAACCCUUUUUGGUGGUCACCUUUCUGGCCGAGCCAAUUUUUUUUUCUAAUGUCAACGGCUCGCCAAGUUUUGUAAGGAAAUGCGGGAGAAGUGGUAGCCAUUGAAUUUUUCCAAUCUUCCGCAAGCGGAUAUCUAGGCCUGGUCCAGAGGGGCUGCUUACGUGGGCGGUAAUUACUAACAGGGAUCUUCUCUUUGUGUUCAUUUAGCUUUCAAGUUCUGAUGUAAAUGAAAACAGCGAUGAGAACACUUUGGUUGGCUCAUUAACCGCAGUGGAUCAAGAUACUUCACAGAAUCAUACUUUCCAACUGAUAAACAGCGCUUCGGGAAGAUUUAAAGUUGAUGGAAAUGAAAUUAAGGUAAAAUUUCUCAAGGCUAAAAAAUAUUAUGCUGUAUUCCAAUAUGAGAAGCUGCUCCUUACAUUAAACACAAGACAACCUAUAUAACUCAGCACGUACUUUUCUUUUAAAAAGAUAAAUUCAAUUGGUUAACCCUAUUAAGACUGGGGGGGGGGGCUUUUCGAACCCCCCCUCCGAAAAAAUCAUGAUAACUCCUACACCGAAAGAGCUAUGACGUUCAAAUUUUCCGACUUUUCCUAAAAUUUAUCUAGGAACAUUUUGGUUUAAUUACCAUGUCCAUGUGAUUAAUCAUGUUGCCAUGGCAACCAGUUUCUGACACAUAGGUUUUGGAAACUUUAAAAAAUGGUGAUUUUUUUGUUUUAAGAUCGCGUUUUUACACUUAUAGUGCUUUUUGUUGUUAAAAUGGUCUUUGCUUGGGACUAGUUUUUGAAUUACAUCAAAAUGUUUCAACAUCGAAUAUUUGGGGGGGGAGGGGUGGGGUAAAAUUUGUCACUUUUUUGCUUUGACAAAUAUGCUGCUCUAUUUUCCAAAUAACACUUCCAAAGUCAUUUGUUUGGGUAAUAAACAUUAGUUUGAUACUUCUUUUAUACAUUCUGAGCUUUUUCCCCUUUGAAAAUUGCUUUAAAUUAUAAUUUUAACAAAAAAACGGAAAUCCAAGAUGGCGGAUCCAAGAUGGCGGACAACCAUUUCAAAUUUUAAAUUUUAUUGCUUCCUAUCGCUUUUUCUCGCUGUACAAGUGUUUCCUUGUUACUAGUUCAUAAGAAAGGAUAACAAAGAGAUGACUUUACCAAUAUUAUUGAUAUUUUACGUAUCUAAGUGGAAAAAUAAUAAGAAACAUUGAAAAAUCGGAAUAUGACGUCACUGUGACGUCAUCAUUGGUCGUGGCAAGUCAAAACUGGGUGUGGGGCUUCUUUGUACGGAGAUGAUAAUUGUGUGUAAAUUUCAUGACUCUAGCAUUAUUGGUUCCAGAGAUACAGAGGGGGGGGGGGGGCCGGGGGACCCCCCCCCCAAGUCACAGAUUGACCAAAAAAGCCCAGUCUAAAAAGGGUUAAAAGAACCCUUACGCCUUAUACCUGGGCCGAAACGAGCCCCAUCUCAUGCCAUUCUUUAUCAUCAACAUUAGAUAUUCAAGUUAACACCUUUUCCAGUUAUCGGUCCAGUGCCUCCAUUGUCUUUGAUUUGCCACCUUUGGAAAUUUCUCUACAAGACUGCUCGCGUGAUCCAAAUGUUGGACAUGUAAACAACAACCACAUUUCCGUGGUGUCGCCUCAAGUUCGUCUGUGAAACUCGUUUUCUAGCUCGGCCAGGCUCCACCAUUGUCGCAACAACUCAAACCUUGUUGUUCCAAUUCGAUCGGACGGAAAAAAGUCUGUGUUUGGACCAAGUGUUCUUCUCGCUAACACUAUGUCUUUGGCACCCAAGAUUGAUGAAGUACGCUCCGUUAUCAUGGAUUUAAAACCCAAUUUAGGGUUUUUUACCGAGACAUGGUUAAAAGACACAGUUAGUGACUUUCACCCAUGCAUACCAGGAUACUCUUUCAUCUACCGCAACCGCGCGCCCCACUGACCAUCACGUUGGUGUCGGCCUCUAUAUUGAGAACUCGAUCCAAUUUAAGCGCCUGGACAACCUGCUCGAACCGGACAUCGAGACCCUGUGGGCGUGGCUACGACCUAGUAGGCUCCCGCGCGGGGUCCCUUGUCUUAUUGCGGGCGUUAUUUACCAUCCAUACUUUAACGACAGCUACAGAGACGCGGCACUUGUCAACUAUCUGUCUGGGUCCCUCACGUCCAUGGAAGAAGAGUACCCCGGUUGCGGUUUCUUGUUAUGCGGGAAUCUCAAUCGCCUAAAUAUUCGCCGGGUAGACAAGCCCACACGGGGGGACUAAAUUUUGGACUUAGUGAUCACAAACCUUCCCCAACUCUACGACGCGAACUCAGUGCAAACCCUCCCCCCUUUCGGCCUGUCCGACCAUAAGGUCGUUCUUGUGGUCCCCAAAGCGAGGCCAGUGGAAAAGGGUUCCAGUAGGAAAACUCUUUCAAGGCGGGACACACAGGCAAGUAGAAAGUUGGAGCUCGGACGCUACUUCUCGUCUAUCGACUGGUCCCUGUUCAACCGCGCAGAGUUUUGCUCGGCCAAGUUGAGCUUGUUUGUAGACACGAUUCACAUUGGUAUGGAUCACAUCAUGCCGGUCAAACACCACAGGAUUCACGUCAACGAUGCGCCAUGGAUCACAGCAGAGUUCAAAAACCUUAUCAGGCUACGCGCUAGCAAGCAUUUAACAAUGGAGACAAGGAGAGCUAUUCUCUCUACAGUAACGCCGUUAAUCGAGAGCGUAAAUCGCUCCGCAGCAAGUACUUCGCCUCAAAAGUUGACAAUCUCAAGUCCACCAAGCCCUCGCAGUGGUGGAAUGCUGUCAAACGGAUUGCCGGAAUGGUUCCCUGUGCCAGUUGGGACAGCAUUCUCUCCAGUUUACACUUGGAUGGCGAACUCAGUGAACUUGAAAUCGCCAACAAAAUUAACUCCGCCUUUCUUGCUCCCAUGGAAAUCUUCCAGCCAUUAGAGGCAGUUGCACCUUAUAAGGAUGACCCCUAUGUAUUCACUCUAUCAGAGCCUGCAGUCCUGGCCGCCCUGAAACAACUAAAUCCACGCAAAGCAGCCGGACCCGACUGUGUACCCAAUUGGCUCCUGCGUGAGUACACCGAGGUUCUUGCCGAACCAGUAACAGCAAUUCUGAACUCUAGCUAUAAAGAGCAAAGUCUACCUUCGCCCUGGAAGCUAGCUGAUGUCGUCCCGCUCCCCAAGCAGAAGCCUGUGGAAGAUCUUAGCAAGCAGCUGCGCCCCAUCUCCCUGACUCCCGCCAUCUCGAAACUCACAGAAGAUUUUGUUGUAUCGACCUAUGUCCGCCCUGCUGUGCUCAAGAUCAUUGACCAUGAUCAAUAAAGCGGAAUCCCUAAAUCCUCCACCAUGUUUGCUCUGAUCUCGAUGGUUCACCACUGGUUACAAGCUACAGACGGUACCGGUGCAGCUGUCAGGGUCGUGUUAUUUGAUUACCGCAAGGCCUUUGACCUUAUCGAUCAUAAGAUACUCUUCGCUAAGAUCAAUGGCCUCGAUAUGCCGCACAGCAUCAAAGCCUAGGUGACUGACUUUUUGACAAAUCGACACCAACGCGUCAAGUUGUCCUCAGACUGCUUCUCUGAGUAGGGUCCAGUCCCCGCCGGAAUUCCUCAAGGGACCAAGCUCGGCCCUUGGCUUUUUUUACUCAUGAUCAAUGAUCUCAAGGUUGACGCUCUCACGUGGAAGUAUGUGGACGAUACGACAAUCUCCCAAACCAUACCUCGCGGCUCCCUGGGUGAUGUGCAACACGCUGUUACUGCCGUGGAGGACUGGUCUAGGUCCCAGGGGAUGCAGCUAAAUGCCGACAAGUGCAAGGAGAUGGAUAUCGACUUUAAGAAGAUCUCUCAUAACUUCUCCCCUCUCGAGGUAGACGGAAACGAGCUUCCUGUCACAGACUGUGCGAAGAUACUAGGUGUUACGAUAUCCAGUGACUUGAAAUAGAACAAUCACAUUGUAGAUUGCAUUAAGAAAGCUAAUAACUAUAAGCGGCGGUAUUUCACUGUUCUCUUGAAAAGGGCUCGUAUUCCCCUUAAUGUCAUUGUGAAUUUCUAUUGUACAACAAUCAGACCUGUACUAGAAUACUGCGCUCCGGUUUUCCAUCACGCACCCCCGGCUUAUCUUAGUGAGGAUAUAGAAAGAGAAAAGAGCGCUUUCCAUAAUUUCACCUGCCAUGUCAUAUCGGGAAUGCCUUGACAGCCUAGGCCUGCCAACGCUAUAUGAUAGACGCAACGGACUAUGUAGACAUUUGUUCGAUUCCAUUGCUAUCAAUCCCGGACAUAAGUUACACCACCUGCUGCCACCAAGAAAACAAUCCAGCUAUAACUUAAGGCGUCAAAAGUUAUAUAAUUUGCCACGUUCCCAUACGGAACGUGUCAGACGCUCUUUUGUUUAUGCUAUGUCCCAGGGUUGCGCAUAAAGCUCUUAAAGUUUCAAAGAAGUCGACUUUAUUGUAAGAUUUUUAUACAUAUUUUUUAGCUUAUUUAUAUUCAUAUGAUUGUAAUUAGUUUUAUAUUUUAACCAAUGUUAUUUGUAAAAAUGCGCAAUUCAGUUUUACGACUGCAAAGUAUUUAUACAAUAAACGAUUUAUCUCUUAUCUCUUUAUCUCGCCAUUCUAUCCCUUGUCAUGACACGUCUUAUUCAUUUAUCCAUCCAUUCAUUCAUCUGCCCGUUAGUUCGUCUGUUCGUUCGCUGGUUUGUUCGUCCGUCCAUCCGUUUCAGCGAUCCGUUUGUCCGCUGGUUUGUUCGUUUGUCCGUCUCUCAGACGGUUUGAAGUUGAUCGCUUGCACGCAUCUCCCUCAAGUUCUAAGUGAGCUAGCUCCUCGAACCGUCUGACUAUCAAGCUAAGGCACUAUGAAGCACAAUGAAGUCAUCACCAAUCUAGUAUUCUCACAACAAUAAAGUAAAGAAGUGUUGUGUUCAGAAGUGUUAACCACUACACAAACUAAACCAAGUACACUGGGACAGAGUGUUUGAUUGGUUUACCGAUACUUCGAAAUUGCUUCGAAAUUCAGUGGGCUGUGCCUCGUUUAUUAAACCUCCCGCUCUUGGCGAGGAAACAGUCCUUCUUGUGUGUGGUAGGAUCCUUCAAAUAUUCUGCCUUUUAUUACUCAGGUGGCUAUUUCCAACAAACAAUGUUUGAGUCAAGGAGGUUCGUCAUGUUUCUUAAAUUACGAGGAGCAAAAGAUCCACACUAUCAGAGUUAAGACUACAGAUAAUGGUAGCCCACAACUGUCCUACGAAGAAAACUUUAGAAUUGACGUGCGAGAUAUCAAUGACAUGCCACGUGACUUGCAGCUCUCCAAUAACCAAGUAAAGGAGGAUGCGAAGAUAAAUACCUUGAUUGGCAGGUGUGUGUCACGUGACAGUAUUCUAACUUAUUGUUUUAUUCAAAACGUUUUAGCUUAUGUUUGUGGCAACAAAAUAUAAAAUUUUGCUUCUGUUUUAUAGAUUAUGAUAACAACCAAGUUUUUGACUCCCUGCAAGUCGAGUUAUUGUAACCUCCGCCCACCCAGUUAGCUCAGUAAGAAGAGCGCGGGCCUCCUCAGCGGGUGGUCGCGGGUUUCAUCAAGUUAUCUAGCAGGUCAUGCUGGCUGUUGAUAAUACCUUGCCUCAGUUCAGACGAUUAGUCAUUGGCAGUGUUGUCACAUGAUUGGCCUUAACUCCCUCACCCUUCAUUAUCAGUGCGAUUUGUCGGAGGAAGACACCGAUAAUAGAGACCUUUAGAUUCUAAGACAAGGACGACAAUGAGAACAAAUAAAUAUCAAGUAGUGUGCGCGCGUGAACCACCGCGGGAAAACGUGAUCGUCGUCGUCAUUCUACUACGUUUCGUGAAAAUGUCGUAAUGACGGAAACAAGUUAUCAAAGGUUACAAGAGUUAUCAUUUCACGAUUGGGAGAGGUCUUAACCUCCUUCAAUAAAGAUAACCGUGUUAACUUUUCUGGUGGAAACAAGAAAAAUGUAGUUUUUGGAGUGUCUAACUUUAAGUCAAAUCCCGUCCUUGAAUCUAAAGGCCUUUAAUGCCCAGAGAAAUGGGGUAGUAAACCCUGGUAUGGUGAUCUAUCUUUGCCAGUUAGGUGGGGAGAAGACUACUACAGGCGCGUACUAUUUCGUUUCACACUAUUGCGAUCACCAUGCCAACAAUUAACAAGGCGAACAAAAUAAAACAGAUAUGAACAACUAAAACAACCAAAUCCUAUCUAGUUGCCUUGUUGAUGGAACUUCAAAUUCCAAUUGUAAAGAAACCUGGCCAUGCAUAAAGCUACUAUUUACGAUUAAAUCAUCCUUGUGACUAGGUUAACAUCACGUGAUGAAGACGCCAGCCAAUCAGCAACAUAUUCACUGAGCAAUGAUGACAGUGGGCGCUUCAAGGUUGACUCUCAGGGGAGACUGUACACAGCGAAGAAUAUCAAUCAUGAAAGCCAGAAGAGACAUGUCAUCAGAGCAAUGGUAAAGGAUAACGGAAACCCGCCAAUGAAAGUGAGUCUUACAGUAAUAGCUGUUAUCUAAGUUUACUUAAAAGAGUUACAAAACUAACUACAGUUGGUCAUUAUGUCAUUGUAGGUAGCUGCCUACGGAUAAUAAUCUGCUCAUGCACAAUCGAGAAAAAAGUUUUGAUGCUGGCAAUGCGCUGCACAUUGGCAGUUUUUUUUUGCAACCUCGCUCCCAGGGUCUUUGGGAACAAGGUUGUGUAAAAUCAUUGAACUCAGUUCGCAUAUUAAAUCAUUUUUUUUAAUUGAGUGCUAUAUUUAUUAAAAAGAAUGGGGAAAUUUCUGAAAAGACACCCUCCAAAAGGAGUGUCGCCUUUCAAAGUGGACCAGUAUAUACCUGUAUACCUCGAGAUCGACCAUCCUCUUCAAAGUUUGAAAUUGUUAUCAAAGUAAAAGGGUGACUAUGAUCCGAUCUUUCAUCUAAACCAAAAAAAAAUACCAAAAAUUGAUUUACAAAUAACAAAUCAGUUUCAACAGAAAGUGAAAGUUUGUCUUUUGAAAGCCUUUGGCGUUCGUUUGCUACUCAGAUGCAGUCAACCGAGACACUUUUCGUGAAAGACAAUUUUGCGAAUAUCCAGCACUGAUUGGCUCAUUUAUCUGAAAAGGUGUGUACUCCUAUGCGGGCUGAGGAAUUUCCAUACGCGUUGUUUUCUCGAAUAUAAUUUUUACAUCUAAAUCCCAACGACCGCAAACAAUUACACUGAAAAAGGCGUAAGAUACGCUUGGAAGAUAUUCUUAUAUUUCAAUAUUUUUCUUUCUGGUAAAUGCUCUACAAAUUUUUAUUCGCCAAUUUAAUAUGAGUAAGCCCCGACAUGAUUUUUUAGGGGCUUUGGAUCCAAAAAAGACAAAUAUACGAAACAAAAAUUCGUUCUGCGAUACAAGGCUUUCGACGGACAAGCCACAUCCUUUGGACGGUCGUAGCAUAACUACGACUAUUUUUUUUGAAAUACACGAAUAUUAUCAGUCGCGGUUCCCAUCUCAGUUGCAUCAAUCAAAGCGAACAUGAUUUUCCUUUUAUUAACACUUGUGAAUGUACCUUUAGUGUUCUACCUAUCUGUGUUUAAUAUAAACGACAGCUUUAAGUUGUUAAGUUUCAGUUGGUGAAUCCUGGUGUUUGACUUUUCCUUAUCAUUGGUUCACUUCUUUGCUUUCUGUGAAUUUAACUAACUUAUGUAAAUGAAGCCUGAGUACAAGCUUUCACAGCGUUUGUUUAUUUUAGAUGGAAAAAUCCUUCACGAUCGAAGUUUUGGAUGUCAAUGAAGCUCCAAGCAGAAUGAAUAUCACUUCCCAAGGAGGUCAGCUGUCGUUUCCCAAUGGACAUGCUCAGAUUCGUGAGAACUCCGCCUCCGGAACGAAGAUCGGAACACUGGAGGCUUUUGAUUACGACGCAAGGCAAAAUUUGACUUUCAAUCUCGACGAUGAUGCCGGUGGGAAAUUUAAAUUAGCAUCACGUGCGAACUGUCAGUCCAUCGCCAAUAUCCCAGGGGUGAAUACAAAGUGUACAACAGAUCUUCUGUUAAAUGGUUCUCUAGAUUAUGAGGUUUCCGCUGAGUACUCGCUGAUGGUGCGCGUGACGGAUAACAACGGUACUUUCAUGACUCAGCAAUUAAAGAUCACAGUCGUCGAUCAAAAUGAUGCUCCUGAAAAUGUCACUCUGGGUGGAAGUAACGCUGCGUCUGUUAAUGAAAACGCCAACGGUGCUUUUGUUGGAGAACUGGUGACUAGUGACCAAGACGUUGGCCAAACGCCUACUUACAAGCUGUUGAACAGUGCUAGGGGUAAAUUUGUGAUCUUAAAUAACAAACUGUACGUCUCAUCUUCGGCUAAUUUAGAUUAUGAAGCUCAAAGUCAGUUCACGGUUAGGAUUCAAUCUGAAGACAAUGGUAGUCCCCCUCUUAGUUUGGCAAAAGACUUCAAGAUCACUAUCAUCGACGUUAACGAAGCUCCAGUGAACAUCACUCUUUCGCCAGCGAACAUAGCUGAAAACAGCGCACCUGGAACAGUGAUUGGUCAGCUCAAUGUCACCGAUCCGGAUAACUAUGGUUCACGUGGCGUAUGGCAAUCACACAACUGCCAGGUUAUUGGAAAAAAGGUCGGAAAAUUUACAGUUCAAACCAAUUCGCUGGUAGUGGGUAACGCCAAUCUAGAUUACGAGCAGGCUUCAUUUAUACUUGUGCAAGUGAAGUGUUCUGAUAGCGGCUCUCCGCCCUUGUCUCUUGUGAAAGUUCUAUCCGUUACUGUAGCUGACGUCAAUGAGGCUCCCACCGGAAUAUCAUUGUCAAGUGAUGCCAUAACAGAAAAUCAGUCUCCACUGUUGAUAGGUAGGAAUGACUAUAAUUUAAGUGAAAAAGAUGUAAUGGCUGAAUGAUACUUGCUGUAUCCCAUAAAUAAACUUCUUGCCUUCUUUGCGGGUUAGACAUCUUCAGCUAUCACAGAUCUCCAACGCGGGCAUACAUCAAGGGCAUUUGUUUUGUUUGUUUGGAUUUCAGUUAUCAGGAAGUGUAAACAUGGGCAAAGAUGUAUGACUUAAUUUGUUUACGUAACUAUCUUUUCAUAUUCCCCAAAAAUUUUAGCUUUUUUCCGUUGAAAACGCUUCGCGCCCCUAGUAAAAUCAUGCUGGAUAAUGGAUGAAAACACCAGCUUCUGUUUUCAAACAUUAAGAACUUUUUAAUUAAACUUUAAAAAGGUUUAGUAAACUAACAGGUUGUUGGUAUUGUCUUUAAAACUAUGAAUCACAGAUCGUUCUAGGACAUCACCACGUGACCUAUUCCGCUAUUUCUAUUUCCUGAUGCUGGCCGUUAUCAUAGAAGGACAUCACAAGUGUACCAUAUUUAAGGUACUUUGUCAUUCAUUUUUUUACAGUAACGUUCUUCUAAUUAGUUAUUUUUAUCGCCCUUGUUCAGGCUUGUUCUCAACCGCUGACCCAGAUAACGCCAACCAACUGACAAACAGACAGACAUUUACUUAUACACUCAUGAGGAACACCGCUGGUCUACCUUUUAUAAUCGAUGGUGGCGCGUUGAAUUCGACGAGAAGUUUGGAUUUCGAGGCCCAUUCCUCUUGGAACAUCACGGUCAGAUCAGUGGACAGCGGCGACCCGGCGCUCAGUUUAAUAAAGACUUUCCAGAUAUCCGUUGUUGGUAAGUUAAAGGUUGCAGUUAUACUUGACUACUUUUGCUUUGAGGAUGAUUCUUUCGAGGUUUUCACUAAAGCAGUUUCAAAAUAAAUGGAAGCUUGAGGGUAACGACAAAUUGAUUUACAGGAGUUCAUACAACCUUCUCCUGGAAUAUAAGCCCACUGAAAUACUUAUCACGUUACCCCCCUCUUCCCCGGGAAGGUUGAUUUACAUAAAUUACCCACUUGCAAAGAAUGCGGAACUCGACAAGGGCCUUGGAAAGAUCACUGACCUUCAGCUAAAUUAAGUUAACGAGGAUCAACUGAAGUCUAUUUUCGAGAAGAAACAAUAGUCAAUGACAAGGGAAAUUCAACUGUGAAGCUCUGCCUUUGNACGCCAACCAACUGACAAACAGACAGACAUUUACUUAUACACUCAUGAGGAACACCGCUGGUCUACCUUUUAUAAUCGAUGGUGGCGCGUUGAAUUCGACGAGAAGUUUGGAUUUCGAGGCCCAUUCCUCUUGGAACAUCACGGUCAGAUCAGUGGACAGCGGCGACCCGGCGCUCAGUUUAAUAAAGACUUUCCAGAUAUCCGUUGUUGGUAAGUUAAAGGUUGCAGUUAUACUUGACUACUUUUGCUUUGAGGAUGAUUCUUUCGAGGUUUUCACUAAAGCAGUUUCAAAAUAAAUGGAAGCUUGAGGGUAACGACAAAUUGAUUUACAGGAGUUCAUACAACCUUCUCCUGGAAUAUAAGCCCACUGAAAUACUUAUCACGUUACCCCCCUCUUCCCCGGGAAGGUUGAUUUACAUAAAUUACCCACUUGCAAAGAAUGCGGGACUCGACAAGGGCCUUGGAAAGAUCACUGACCUUCAGCUAAAUUAAGUUAACGAGGAUCAACUGAAGUCUAUUUUCGAGAAGAAACAAUAGUCAAUGACAAGGGAAAUUCAACUGUGAAGCUCUGCCUUUGUUAAAAUGGUGAUAAGGGCCAGCUUGAGUGGUAUUGUUUGAAGGACUUCGCAGUCUUUUAUCGAAAUAGAGAAGUAUAAAAGAAUGACUUAAGGCCAUAGAGGUAUAAGGUUGAUUAGUGUCUGUUUCAAUAUAUUGUCAUACUUUGCUCAGUCGACUGUUAAUACAAAUACUUAUUAAUAAAGUCCAACUCUGAAUUAUUUUUGUGUCUUAUUCUUUUUCAGAUGUCAAUGAAAAACCAUUUAAGAUCACUUUGUCAAACACAGUUAUAAACGAAAAUCCUCCCCAAGACGCGCUGAUAGGAACUGUGUCCGCACGUGACCCUGACUUCAAUCAAACCCUUGUUUACACUCUGAUUGACGGAGCAGGAGGAAGAUUUAAAAUGGAUGGAAAUAAGCUGAAAGUUGCUUUAUCCAACGAUGACUGUCUUAAAAUUGGCGGCGACUUCUGCAAGUUGAAUUACGAGAGACAAAAUACUUACAAAGUAAGCGUGCGAGCUACGGAUAAUGGGAAGCCACCUCAAAGCACUGAAGCGUUUCUGUCGAUCACAUUGAUUGACGUCAACGACCGACCACGUAACCUGAAGUUAUCCAGUAACAUGGUGAAAGAAAACGCCACAAUCGGAACAAAAGUUGGUCAGUUUUCCGCUACAGAUGAGGAUACAUCUCAAACUCUUGAGUUUGCUUUAAUCGACAGUGAUGGCGGGCGGUUUGCUGCUGAUUCGUCGGGAUAUUUGUUGAAAGCUAAAAGAACAGAUUACGAGACUGACAAGGUUCACAAGAUUGUCGCUCAAGUCAGGGAUAGCGGUAAUCCGCCUUUAGAGGUUAGUGUAUAAAUAUACUCCAUGUUGCCGUGCGUCUGCGCUUUUCAGUUAAUAGAUCACAGAUGACGUCAAAAUGUGGUUUGACCAAAAAACAAACCUCGUUCCCAGGGUUCUCUCUCUUCUAUCCUCGAGGCAAGAGAGAGAGAGGGAGAGAGAGAGAGAGAGAGAGAGAGAGAGAGAGAAAACUGGCACACAAGCCGCAGGCGAUUGCGUCGCUGAUAUUCUUACCACAUAUUGACAACUUCUGUGUUCUGUUACUAAGAAGACGCAUGGAAACAUGGAAUCUAUUCGUUUCAUACAAUGAACAGAAAGAGAAAAAAGACAAACUUGUCUCGUAGCCCUUGACUAUUCGAGGAUUUUUUACCAGUUUAGGCAUUUCCAAGUCACCAACGCUACACUUCGUGUUGGGUUCUUCUUUUCUUCUUUAUCCUCCUUGUAAACAGUUCAUUCCCACAGUUUUCCAAGGCCGAUUACUUGCUCUUAGCAGAACUGAUAAUCGCAUAAGCACUUUCAAAACUGCGGGUUUCUCAUAGCGGUGACACACGAUCACAACUUUUUUUGAAGAUUUCUUCCGGUUAAGGCAUUUUAAAGUCGCAAAGAACUCUCCUUUUUUUUUCGGCUUUUUCGUUUUUCUUUCUUUUAAACAGAAGUUCCUAAUGUUAACUUGCUGAAGGCAGAACAAACUCGCAAACACUUUCAAAACCGCGCGCCAUGCUGGACAAAACAAAGAAAACAAGUUUUCCGUGACGUCAUCAGUGUGUCUGUACUUUAAUAGAUCAUGGGCAACGACCAAUCACAGUGCACCUAUCAUUCACUUCAUUGUAUAAUGUGCGAUAGGAACAUUAUCACCACCUUUUUUUACCAUACUUGGUUCCUUCUGUAGGUACCGAGGCACAAAUUACGUACCACAAAAGAAACAAUUAAACCAAUCAAUAAAACCUUCAGGAGAACUCUGUUGUUUGGUUCCUUUGUUUCUUUAACUUUGUGAUGACGUUAACUCCAGAAAGACCCCCAUACUUCCUGUAUCUGCCUUUUUCGUGCUGUCCACCCCGCCCCCUCUGGAGUUUGAAUAGCAUUUUGGGGGUAGCAACGACCGCUUAUUUUUAGUUGUCGCCAAUUACUGUCUUAAGACACUAAGAGAUUGUUUUCAAAUAAUGCAUUUUGCUGUACUCACAGAUCAACAAGACGUUUAUGGUUGUUGUGGAAAACAUUAACGAGGCUCCAAUAAACAUUUCACUGACGUCUGAAUAUGGACAACAGUCCUUCCCUGACAAUAUGCCCAAGGUGAAUGAAAACUCUAAAACGGGCACAACAGUAGGGACAUUUCAUGCGUUGGAUCAUGACGAAGUUCAAAGCUUAAAGUUCGUUCUAGAUGACGAUGCAAGCGGCAAAUUUACUGUGGGCUCAAGUGUCACCUGCCACAACAACACUUACAUCCCAGGCGUUAAAACAAAGUGUACGACGCCAUUAAAGAUCAGCGGUGUUCUUGACUACGAAACUAGUUCUAGUGAAGAUAUUUUGGUCCGCGUGACUGAUGACAGCAGUUUAUUCCGUGUGCAGCCAUUUAAGGUUACGAUACUAGAUGUUAAUGACCGACCGAAGAAUAUCACUUUGGCAGGUGGAGAUACAGCAUUUAUUGACGAGAACCUUAACUAUGGCUUUGUUGGUGAGUUGGCGACCAUAGAUGAAGAUAUUAAUCAGACACACAGCUACAGUUUGAUAAACAAUAGUGGUUGGAAAUUUAUUCUCCGCCAAAACAAGAUCUUUUCUUCCUUCUAUGCAAACCUGGAUUACGAAACAAAGUCAGAGUAUCCUAUCGCGGUUAGAAGCAGAGACAAUGGUUCCCCGAGACUGAGCAUCGAUAAAACAUUCACUAUUCAGGUUAGUGUUUAACUGCUAGCUACUGAUCUAAGAAAACUUGCCCGAAACAAUUGCCCCUGGAAAAAAGCAAGAGGAACGCAGAUGGUAGUUCCCGUCAUCUGUCUGUAAAAGCCACCGGAAAGGAAAGAUUGGGAUGCGUUCUCCUUUUCGUUCUCCUACACUAAACACAAUUAUUAUUAAUCUAGGAGACCUUUGUAGGAUUAGCUCAUUCGACAUUUUUGCAAUUAUUCCUCAUAAACUUAACUGUUAUGGCAAAAGACAUUGCAGUCUUUGGGCGUUAAGAAACGAUCACAAAAACAGCACAACAACCGUACAGUAGUAAAUCAAACUGUCGUUACUUUUUAUUUUUAACAGAACUAUAACAAACGCAACAAAAGUACCGCUUUUACUCCUGGUUUACAAAUGUCCCCACUCUUUUCAGGUACGUGACGUCAAUGAACGACCCACGGACAUAAUUUUGCUCUCUAGCAGUGUCCAGGAAAAUAGCCCCAGAGGAACGCUGGUCAGUAAAAUUUCGGUUUCAGACCCUGACAAUGAUGGACCUAGAGGAACCUGGCAAAACCAUACUUGCAAAGUACUUAAUAUCGCCAACAUACCAUUUAUCCUCAACGGGACAUCAAACUCUCUUCUGGUUGCUGGUGAUCUGAAUUAUGAGAAGACAAAAAGCUACAAUAUUGAUCUGCGUUGCCGAGAUAACGGAAAGCCGCCUUUAUCCGUCGACAAGACAGUGCGAGUCAAUGUUACUGACGUCAAUGAGAAGCCGUAUGACAUUACAAUUUCUAACAACGAAGUCGCUGAGAAUGCUGGGAUUGUGACUGUUGGAAUGCUGGAUACUGCUGACCCAGAUAACGAACAGACGGUGCUGCACACGUUCAGUUAUAGCAUCGCCAGUCCAGCCGGGAACAUUCCUUUUGUCCUUGACAGCGGCGCACUAAAUACCUCGAGAAGUUUGGAUUAUGAGACCAAAACUACCUGGCUGCUUGAAAUCAAAUCAGCGGAUAACGAAGGUAAGCCCAUAUUAAUUUUACAAGAGCACGAUUUUGCAAUACUCAACAUGUCUUGAUCUUGGGCAUAGGUUAUGUGAUAGGUGCCAGAGGAGAUACGCCCUUUUAUUGUGAGAGCGCUCCCUUAAAAAUUCACACUCCAUACUCGGCCUCUAAAGCCAGUUACUCUUUGCGCCUGCGUUCCUUCGUAAGCCAGGACUCCUUAGACAAGAGGAAAUUUAGCCAACCUGUUACCCAGAAAAACGACGCGGAAGCUAGGGUGGCCUCGGAGCGCAUCUUGAUAAAUGAAAAUCUAACAGCAUUUUGCCGAAUAUUGGUGAAAAAGACGACUGAUAAGAAGAAUGAAGGAUUAAUACUGGGAGUUUGGACUAUUGACGGGAAAGUUUCGGGGAAUACUUCGCCGGAUGGAAACCCUAUAAGAAUUAGUUAUGAAUCAGACCUUGAUAACCUUUGACUCAAUGUUAACUACUGCUCGUAGGUGAAAGCACAAUGAAACUCUUAAGUAUGAGAGGGGGAUCUCAAAAAGGUUUCGAAUCGAACGGUUUUUUCUAAAGUAUUUUCUUUACCUUUAAACGUAACGCAUUGUCUUAUUAGNCGACUGAUAAGAAGAAUGAAAGGAUUAAUACUGGGAGUUUGGACUAUUGACGGGAAAGUUUCGGGGAAUACUUCGCCGGAUGGAAACCAUAUAAGAAUUAGUUAUGAAUCAGACCUUGAUAACCUUUGACUCAAUGUCAACUACUGCUCGUAGGUGAAAGCACAAUGAAACUCUUAAGUAUGAGAGGGGGAUCUCAAAAAGGUUUCGAAUCGAACGGUUUUUUCUAAAGUAUUUUCUUUACCUUUAAACGUAACGCAUUGUCUUAUUAGCUUAUCUAAUGCAAAAAGAAAAAGGAGUGAAGGUCAUUUCACUCAUGUAAGGGGCGUUCGGGAGGCGACGAAAAGGAGUAGCAUCUUCAGCUACCUGAAAGAUCAGAAGGCGAAAAUCUCUUCAAGAAACAUAUUCAGAAAUUAGUGAUAAAGCUUUCUGGCUGAGUGAAAAGAAAGGUAAAACAUUUUUUUCUCAUGGGACUUAACAUAGCAAAGGCGUUUGCUUUCUGAUAGAUCCUUCAUUGAAUUAUGUGUUGAAGUCUUCACGUGCAAGCAAAUCUGGUAGAAUUAUCAUGAUUACAGUUUUGGUGAAUGGAUCGAAAAUUUCCUGUUAUAAUAUCUAUGCACCAAACAACCUACAGGAACAGUUGGAGCUUAUUCAAGAGUUGAACAAUUGCCUAAUUGACAAGGCUGAAGUUGUUAGUCUUGUCUUAGGUGGGGAUUGGAAUUGCACGCUCAAAAAAAGAUAAAAAGGGUGGAGUGCCAUGGAAACCUUCACAAUUUAGGAAUGUGCUGUUGAUCACUAUGGAAACGUUUGAUUUAUUAGGUAUACAAAGAACACGUCACCCAAACCUCAAUAUUUAUACCUAUAUAUGCUUCUAAAACUCUUAAUGUUAAGUCGAGAUUAGACUACGUCUUAUAUAUAAUUAGUGACUGUUUUUUACAGCAUGUUAAAAAAGUCGGAAGUAGCGCCUCUUUUGCACCUGAUCAUAAAACGAUCUACAUCGAUUUAACGCCAGCGCAAAAUAUCAAGAGAGGACCAGGGUUUUGGAAAUUUAACAACUCGCUACUCAACGAUGAAGAUUAUUUAUUUAGAACCCUACACCUAAUCCCCUGGCUUUGUGAAAAAUACACUCGAUUGGAGGAUAAAAGUCUUGUUUGGGAAUUAAUGAAAAUAGAAAUGAGACAGAGCACCAUGUCUUAUCCUAAAAGAAAAGCGAAAAAUAUGUUUCUUCGCGAAGACGAGAUACAAAUGAGAAUGGAAAGGUUGGACCAAAUAAUUUGUAAUAGUGACGAUCUGCAAAAUAUUGAAGACACUCUUAAAGAAUACGAUGCUCUUAAAGCCGAAGUGAAUACAAUCUACGAACAAAAAUUAAAGGAAAGGCAGCAAUGUUCCGUUCUAAAUGUCGUUGGAUAGAGGAAGGAGAGCGCCCUACUAAAUAUUUUUUCAACCUAGAAAAAUAAAACUAUAAAAGAAAGACUAUGACUGAACUUCGAAUUGAGGACGAGAAAAUUGUUUAAGCCCUCCAGAGGAGUAAGACAGCGGUGUUCACUCUCCCCAUACCUCUUUGUUCUCAGUGCCGAAAUUUUAGCUGCUAAAAUUCGUCAAAACAAUCUUAUUAAAGGAAUCAUUUUAUUUGGAAAUGAAACUAAAAUAAGCCAAAUUGCAGAUGAUACUAACUUAUUUUGUGCUGAUAUUAUUUCUGUGGAAAAUGCAUUUGUUGCAGCUGAAUGUCAAAAAAACCAAAGCAGUAUGGUUAGGAAAGUGUAUCUUAACAACUUUUUGUUAAGGUGCAACUGCGACCCAAGGUAUCUAGACCCAAAACUACCUUUUUUUGUUGAGAUAUACUGUCGUUCUUAAUUCGUCCAAAUAAAACGUCAACGUAAACAAAAGGAUGAACAGGACAUAAUUUUGUAUAAAAACAAAGAAAUUUUAAUAGAUGGAAAACCUUUCUUUAUAAGGGAAUGGUUUGCAAAAGGAAUUAUUUCAAUAAAGGAUCUUCUACAGGAGAAUGGACAAUUUCUUACUUAUGAGGAGUUUCAAAGAAAAAAUAGUUUUAAAACGAAUUUCCUGACUUUUUAUCAAGUUUUGAGUGCCAUCCCUAAGUAUCUUCUGUUCAAAGCAAGAAAACUGAACGAAAUUUUAAAAGACGUUUUAUCUGGAAAAGUCUCCACUAUUCCAGCUAUUAAAUGGUCAAGAGCUCAUUACAAUUUAGACAAAGCUAAAACUAAAGAGUUCUAUUGGAUUUUAGACGAACGGAACCCUAAACCACUGCUAACUGGGUCAAAGAAAUGGAAAAAAACCUUUAACACAGAAUUAAAUGAAUGGCAAACAUUCUUCCAAUCAGCGAGAAAGAUCUGCAAAAAGAACAAGCUAAGAGAAUUUCAACUCAGGUUUUUACAUAGGAAUUUUGUCGCCAAAAAAGAAUUGUUUCGUUUUGGAAUUAAACAGGAUAGUAAUUGUUUAGUUUGCGGCGAAGAGGAUUCCAUGGACCACACCUUCAACUGCCAAUUCACACAGUCGUUUAGGGAAAGUGUAUUUAGGUGGUUUAACUCUAAGAAUAAUUCCAACUUACUUCCUUCAUUGAAAGAAUCUUUAUUUGGACUUUCCGAAAAUCUACUCAACAAUAGCCGGCUUACAGCAAAAUUGAACUACACACUGUUAUUUAUGAGAUUUUACAUUUAUUCCUGUAAACUUCAUAAUAAAGCACUGACUCUCUCAGACUUUGCCAAACAAAUAGAAAUUAAAUACCAGUUAGAAAAAUUGUGAUUGAUUAUCUCUAUGUAGUUAUAUAGUCAAUGUCAAGUUGUAAGUUACACUUCGUCUCGUCCCUUUUUUUAGUAUUUUUUUCCAAUUUUUUUUUCAAUUCCUUAUUACGUAAUUAUGUACUUCUUUGUAACUCUAACAGUGUGAUUUAAAUUAAACAAUUAUUAAAAAAGAAAAAAAAUAUAAACCUUCAUGCCCCUUAAGUCAGCCCCUCCGCGUGUAUCUUAUUUAUUUUUAAUCUAUUUAUUGUAGGACUUAGCACGACAAAGAACUUCACAGUAAUCGUAAGAGACAGAAACGAUCCGCCCACGGGAAUAUCAGUAAGCCGCCCACUAAAUGUAUCUGAAAACAGUGUGUCCGGGCAGUACCUUGGUACUGUGGUGACCAAUGAUCAAGAUGUUGGGCAGACGCACCAGUAUCAGAUAGUUGACGUGGUUGGACAUGCGCACGGCAACCACAGGUAUGACCUUAUUGUCGACAUUGAUGUAUGUUCCUGUCGAAUUGUGCUAAACAAGCAAGUAGUAAUAUGGGCUACUAACGGUCCCAACCAAUCACAGCGCAGCAGAAAUUGUCUCGACCAAUCAGCAUCGAGUAUUUAGCCCAUGUGACCAUGAUGACGUCAAAGCUCCCAAAUAUGGGCAUAAAAAUUAGUUGUAAGUUACACUUCGUCUCGUCCCUUUUUUUAGUAUUUUUUCCAAUUUUUUUUUCAAUUCCUUAUUACGUAAUUAUGUACUUCUUUGUAACUCUAACAGUGUGAUUAAAAUUAAACAAUUAUUAAAAAAGACAAAAAUAUAUAAACUUUCAUGCCCCUUAAGUCAGCCCCUCCGCGUGUAUCUUACUUAUUUUUAGUCUAUUUAUUGUAGGACUUAGCACGACAAAGAACUUCACAGUAAUCGUAAGAGACAGAAACGAUCCGCCCACGGGAAUAUCAGUAAGCCGCCUACUGAAUGUAUCUGAAAACAGUGUGUCCGGGCAGUACCUUGGUACUGUGGUGACCGAUGAUCAAGAUGUUGGGCAGACGCACCAGUAUCAGAUAGUUGACGUGGUUGGACAUGCGCACGGCAACCACAGGUAUGACCUUAUUGUCGACAUUGAUGUAUGUUCCUGUCGAAUUGUGCUAAACAAGCACCCUGCCCUUUUUUGAUUCUCUGCUCAGUUCUGAACUAUACUUUGCUCAAGGAAAAAUGUCUUAGGCUUCAUGAGAACAGUUAAAAUCACCUAUCCAGGUCGUUUACGCCCGGCCCUAGGCUGUUAUGCAAAUAAGAAAUCGUGACCACCUUGAUUUAUUGUUAUGCAUUGUGCUCACUAUCUGUCUUCUCAAUGGCGAAGAUCCUGCAGUCAAUUUGGAAAUCAGCGUAACCUGCGGAUUAGUUAGUUAUCUGGUAGCAGUUAACCGUACUUAUCUGUAGGUUGCACACGCAAUGCAUGACUUCAAUUCAAAGAGUACCUUUAAACUGUGUUCCGCCCGACAGUGCGUGUUCGUCGUUAUUUUCUUCAAAAAAAUGAUAAACACUGAUAACACUUACCUCGAGCUUGAUUAUUCCGGAUUUAUCCCAAAACGUAUUCUAAUAAUUGGUUAAUCUUGUUUACCAAUGAUUUGUGAGAUUAUAGCUCGGAAACACUAGACAAGAGGGAAGUCCAAAGCUCAGUGGUGGACUAAAGAAAGGAAAGUUAAACAGAAGUUCUUCAUCAGUUGGGUUCCUACUUUAAGAAUGCUAAAGCCCUAUCUUAAACGUCACGUGACAUUGGUUGCUUUUAUAUGUCACAACUUUUUGGCGGUUUCCUUUGGUAAUCGGUAAAUGAUAAAUAUCCAUCAUUUAUAUUUUUUCUUUUUGCCCACGGUAGUACUUCUGGUCUUCUUAACCUUUUUGCUGUUGAAUCGCCAUCUGGAAAAGUCACUCUUCAAAAGUCUGGACUGGAUUACGAGCAGUAUACAAAGUAUACAGUGACCUUGAACAGCACAGACAGCGGUUUUCCUCCUUACUCAGUAACAGGCUCGUUUGUGGUCAGCGUGCAUAACAUUAAUGAAAAUCCACAAAAUAUCUCGCUGAAUAACAAUCAGGUACAUCAGUUUCAUUGUGUUAACUCGUGAUCAGUUAGUAGGCACACUUUGAUUGGUCGGUUUAGCGGGCUUUAUUUCACGUUAACUCAAUAGAACAUUUUAAAACUGUUCGUUUUUUAAAAGUAGCUUCGGACUAUAGGAGACAUCACUUUUUACAUUGUUUUUGUUAUUCAAAUUUGUCACAAGUAAAACAAAAGAAUCUUUUGUUUCAAGAACCAAUGCGCUUCUGGUUGGCAUAUCAGUGUCAUUACUAUCGCUAUAAUGGGUAUGUUAACUGUUAGAUGAAUUUGUUUGACUACUCAAACCAUACAAAUCCACGACAUUCGACGCUCGUGGCUCAUCAACGCCCGCCCUGCUUGAGUUGAAAUCCUUGUGUGGCUUUCUUGUAAUGGAUACAGGGGCUGGAUUAUUGGACUUUAUGCUUUUCAAUAUCAUUAAGAUUCUCUUUCAUUCAAGAUAAACCCUAAACGUUUUAGCUUAUUUUGUAACAAGGUUUCCCUUCAUGUUUCAGGUUCUCGAAAAUAGUCCUGUUGGGACAAUUAUCGGUAGCUUGUCAGUAUAUGACCCUGACAAUCUUAACGUGCCACUACAGAAGUUCAACUGUGUUGUGGAAGAUGGUGGACCCUUUAAAGUAAGUUCAGUAGUUAUUACACGGUUAAGGAAUUAUUGAAAACUUUGUGUGCGAGUUGUGGCAAAGAGGUAGAGAGAAUACCAUCACGUAUUAGUAUAUUAUACCCACUCAGUGAUCUUGGUGUUUUAAGCAAUCUAACGUGGUUCGCUGUCUCGGAUUGUGACGUUAUGUUCACAGCCUAACGAGGAGAAUAUAUAAGACCAAAACAAAAUCUCUGGCGUGAACCCAGUGUUUUGCCAAAGUUUUAGAGUAAGAACUUUUCAAAACAAGGGAUGGCGCAGUGUUGAGAGCAAUCGCCUCCCACCAAUGUGACCCGGGUUCAAAUCCCGUCGUUGACACUAUAUGGGUGCGUUUUUUUGGGAGAAUCCAAAACGGAUCUGUGAUCUCAGAUCAUGCGGAUUCUUCACAACCAAAAAAACGGAAGAUCAGAAAAAGGAUCAUUUACCAUGACAACGGCAUGUCCUCGUAUUCCUCGUGCGAAAAAAAAAAAGCAACAAACUGAUCCUCACGGCGAAGACAAGUAGUCCAGUCAAUCUAGGCAUUUUCGAGGCUCAACAUCAAACUAAUUGCCUCAGAAUUGUUUUCAGCGCCAUUAAAGUGAGGGUGGGCUAUCUAGCAACAUACUAAAAAUCCGUCAAAAUCCGUUCGGUGGAACAUGUCAAAAUUAAGCGUUAAACAUUUUGAGCUUUUAACACAGGACACCCAGGUUUUUUUGAAAUUAUACGUUCAAAAAAAAAUGCACAAAAUGUGUUUGUUACUUUUAUGAAAAAGUAAAAGAAGAAAGAAUAACUGCUACCUAGUUUUCGGUGAUAAAAACAAAGUGUUUCUUUCUUCCAAAAAAAUUAAUAUUAAACACGGUUGGCUUUUUGACAGGAAGCCCAUGCUCCACUUAAGGAACCCCAAAAUAACAGAAGGCUUUCAGGGUAAUAGAGUGAAUUGUUGGCUGUAAAACUACGACAGAUUUAGCCGUAAGGCUUUAAAUCUGAAAAAUGAAAGCCGUUACUUAAUCAUUAGCUUUCAAAAUAUAUCCUUUUUUCUCAGAUUUCUGUUAACCGCAAGGGUAAGAAAAAUAUAUAUCAGAGGUGGAUUUUUGCACGACGUUAAGGCCAAAAUAGAGCUCUCCCCUCAAACAGUUCUCAAAGAAGUCAACAUAAAUUAAAAACUAAGAGUACAGCCAUUGCUUUUAUUCUUCUCUUCCUUUCUUUAAUUCUCCUCGCUCUCUCUAUUUUCCCUUUCCCAGUUCUUUUUUAGGAGGAAUUUCGGGCUCAUUUUGCCUUCGGCUUUUGGUCUUUUUUCAGUCAAAAGACUGCGAUUUUCGUUCUGUACGUUUUCAAAAAUCCAGCAAGAUAAUGCUUUGGUUUUUACGGUUACCUGUACAUUAAUUUUCGUUAACGUACCAACAUCCUCAAAUAUACAAGUUUUACUUUAUUGAAGUUUUUCAUUUUCUUCUUGUUAAAAGUGAAUUGGAGAGGAGGGGAGGAUAGUUUUACUAAUUCUUUACGAUGCACAACAACAGCAACAAUACAGAGUUGUUGAGCAUGUUAAGCUCCAAUGCCUAUGAAUUUGAUAAGAGGGAAAUGUGUUUUCAUUUAAGGAAAAGUGCUGUUUCCUUCGCAAAAAAAAUUAUAAAGAUUAACGGAACAUUCAUCGCGUAAGAACUUUGUUCCAGCAAACGUUUGUUUCAAGAAAACGAAAUAAUAUAAUAAGGAAGCUGGUUUUUAAGGGAAAGAUUAACUCCGGCUAGCAAAAACAAUGCGUACGUAAAAAUAUCUUUAAGAGUAUAUAGAGUAAUGGAAAAUCCUCACGCAGAGCAUAAUUCACGCAACUCAGUCAGAAGGUUAACAUGCAGUAAAUUGAAGUGUUACACAACGCUCAUCCGAAGAGAACUGGUUCCGGAAAAAGAGGUAAGCCAUCAGAAGCUAGCAGGCAAGCCCAUUAAUGUCGUACAUAUGUGAAGUACUUUCGCGCCUUCAUUGACCACUGUAAUUUUUUUCAGACGUACAGAACCCCAUGAUCGUUAUAGAACUGAAGAGAUCUUCAUUUGCUAAUGGACGAAAACAAACUGGUCAAGGUUCAGGGUUGUUCUCACAAAAGAAAUGCAAGGAGGGAAUAUAAACGCCUUUAGACUACAGGGCGAUUAAUCUACUUAUUCAUCUUACCAAGAAAUAAAGGGCUGCCGCAGAAAAUACAAAAUGAAUACUCAAAGACACUAAACUAAAUCUUAGAGUCGCUACAAGAAGAUAAAAAAAUGAACAAUCACACUGCGCUUAGUUUUCUGGAUUUUUCUUACAACAGAUUUGGCCAGGUGUAAUGAAAAGCGCAGAGCGUUACGAGCUAGCAAAAACCAAAUAGACGGAGGAGUCCUUAGCAGAAUAUUUUUUCACUCACAUUGUAAAGUAGGGAGUCAUAAUCCUAAAGGAGGUUGCGCAUGUCGCGAGAAAAAAAAGAACCCCUGAUUUCGAUCACGCAUAUUGUGUCCAAGGUUUGAAGAUAUCUACCUCACAAAACUCGAUUACAUAAAAUGGGAAUAGGUUAAACAGUUUGUACUGAUACAAAGCUAUCGUCCGUUGCACGCAUUUAGCAGCAUGUAUCCUUCAGCAUGGAUGCAAAUUUGGCAGCUGACUGAUGGUGAACAAACUAUCAAAUCAGACUGUUCACCAUCGGUCAGCUACUAAAUCUGCAUCCAUGUUGCAGGAUAUAAAAAAUUUCCAGCCAGUAAAACUGCUAAUUAAAUAAUUUCUGAUAUUGCGCAAAAAAACAAUUGCUUAUAUUUUUAACCAUGUUAACACAGACUGAUUGAUAAUUUUCCUUUUAAAUACCGUCAUAGAAAAAAAAAUAAAGCUUGGGAAACCGAAUGUGACGACAGACGAGUGGCUGGGUAGCCUGUGCAAAGCCGCCAAACGAAACACUGACCCAGGUGUUUCUCACACAUUUAGUCGGCGUUUUUAAAAACAAAGCUACCCAAAAUACAUUAGCGAUGUUGUAUCGAAAAUUCUUGAGAAAAAAAACACAAUUAUCAGAUGUUUUGUCUGAAUUUGUGAUCUUCCUGAAAUUGGGUCUCCUGUGGUGAAAGUUGAAAAUCUUUAUUGCCAAUUUUUCUCAUGUUUCACCUAACCGAUUUUGGCGGAUUUUUAGUAUGUUGCUAAACAGCCAUCCAACAAUUAACUGGCGUUGAAAAAAAUUCUGUUGCAAUUAGUUUGAUGCUAAACCACAAUUUGACUGGACUAUGUGGUUUGAGUUUGUUGUUGGUUCUCUCCCUUGCUCUGAGAGGUUUUUCUCCCGGUAUUCAGGUUUUCCCUCUCCUCAAAAACCAACAUUUCCAAAUGUAUAGUAUCAGAAAAUAUCCGUACCCCCUGACGGAGGGCCCUUCUACUUUAUACCCCCACCCAACCCCAAGAAUUUCCAUUCCAGGUGGUGCUUGUCAUACCCCCCUACCCGCUGGAAUUUCCAUGAUUUUCCAUCUUGGUUGGGUACCCCCCUGGAAAGAAUAUUUCCUUCAAAAAUGCUGUUGCACUAUACUACAACGUGAAAUUUAAUUGUUUCUGCGAUAAAGUGAGGAAAAAAACUUUCUAUCCACGUCAAUACAAUCAAUGCCCUUGUAGAGGUCUUUCUUAGCUAAUAAUCAACUGUGAGCCACUGUCGAAGAACCAUGGAGGCGAUACCUUAAACUUCACGAAUAAUGCCAUUUGUAAAAGAACCAGUUACAUUUAGACUAAACACCGAGUGAACUUCAAUUAUUUCUUUUCAGUUAAAACAUUGUAGAAACAGUACUGGAAAAUUAUUCGUGGGCCGAUGGCAAUUGUAUCGCAUUAAGCCGUGAAAAAAGCAUUCAGCCGUCCAUAUAUUAAGAAACGGUCCAGAUAAGAACAAUAGCAACAACGGCAACGAACAUGUUGGAAUGCAAAAAAGGUGCUAACUUUUCUAUUGUCUGUACUUACUUCUGAUUGGCUUAAACAGCAAAAGUUAACAAAACUUCAUAAAGCGGUACAUAUAUUCAUCCNACCAGUUACAUUUAGACUAAACACCGAGUGAACUUCAAUUAUUUCUUUUCAGUUAAAACAUUGUAGAAACAGUACUGGAAAAUUAUUCGUGGGCCGAUGGCAAUUGUAUCGCAUUAAGCCGUGAAAAAAGCAUUCAGCCGUCCAUAUAUUAAGAAACGGUCCAGAUAAGAACAAUAGCAACAACGGCAACGAACAUGUUGGAAUGCAAAAAAGGUGCUAACUUUUCUAUUGUCUGUACUUACUUCUGAUUGGCUUAAACAGCAAAAGUUAACAAAACUUCAUAAAGCGGUACAUAUAUUCAUCCUUACUUUCCGACCAUCUUCCAUACAACAAAAUCUGGUCUCAGUUUGAAUAACAAAGAAGUCCUAUAUGGGGAACAUGUAAAAUUGUAAACUUUUCUUGGCUAUUGUUUUCAACUCUUGUGAUUGGUCAAAAUCUUUUAACACAAAAAAACAUCCUUUCAAAGUGAAGUGUAAAUGCAUUUUAUUGCGUAAACUGCCUUCAUGUAGGUUUAUGCAUUCUCUGUGUAAAAAUGAGAACAUUCCUAUGUGGGGAAAGCACCGUUGCCGCAUAACAAAAGAAACUGCUAUCCACCUUACCCGGAUCAGGUCAUCAAUGAAAACAAUAAUUCGUGUUUUGAAACACCUGUUAACAGUAAAAUAACUGAUAGCUUUAAUCUUGGACAAAAAGUGUUAAGAAUUUUGCACUUUCUUACUCACAGGACGCCCACCCUGCGAAUUUGGCACCAUGGUGACCCCUUCUCACACCCCUCCCUGGCAGGAGCCCAUUUUCCCUGGUCAAUGUUGUUUAGUCGGGAGCAAAAAUGUUCCGGCCACACUUCAACACUGUGCUUUGGCGGGGGAGGGGAAAGAAUCUUGAGUGAACCGGGCUUUAAAGGGAAGUAUUCUAAAAUUAGGUAAACAACGGGCAUUUUUCUUAACAUUUUUGUCAAAGAUUGUUGCUCAACAGAACAGUUGUUAGUCUUUAAUAGUCACCAAUCUUACUCGGACCCCCGAAAAAAAAACCCUUACCCCCCUCCCCUCAGAAUUUCCGUUGCCUUCCGUGGGGAUGGUAUGGAUAUCUUCUGGAACUACACAAUUCCAAUUCGACCAGGAAAGGAAGACGAAGAACGGCUAUAUGGAUAUGAUACCUCUAAGUUUGUUUGUUAAAUUAUUUAUUUGUCUAUUUAUUUACGCUAUGGCAAAAAUAGGCAAUUUAGAUAUCAACCUCAACAAAGGUGUGACAUGAACAAAAAACCUAACAAUUACCGUGCCAGAACAGGUCCGCCUUCAUUUCAGAUUUUACUUUCCCACGCGAGAUACGUACUGAGCAGUAAGUUGGAAGUAGAAGAAAAACAGCGGGCGUUAUCAAUGCCUUUGUGUAAUAAAUAGACUGUUUAUUUUUGCAGGUCAUUAAUCAUUUGACUUUGGUGGUAUCUAAGAACUCUUUGGAUUACGAAACUAUCGACACAUACACAGUUAACGUGAGAAAACUAUAUUAAAUAAUCUUUUUCUUAAUUUAGUUUACGUAACACUGUUACAAAUACUUUUUGUCCAAAGGAAUUUAAUUUUCAAAAAAAAGGGGAAAUUAGUGACUACAAAGCGUAGUUAAUCGUGAGCUUGACGUUAACUUUCACACAAGUAACAAAACACAAAUUUCUAUAGAUAUUCUGAGCAAUGUUUUACAUGGGCUACUGAAGUACCAUUUACCGUUUGCCUCACUGUCAAAAAGGCGUGGAGAAAUCCUUGACUCAAUGACUCAAAUCCCUGAUCACCCCUGAGUCCAAAAAUAGCUUAAACCUAAGUUCUCUUUCACUUCAUUUAUAUAGUAUAAGAUGAAUCGAUGUGGUCGUCAUAGUCCUGACACGCUUGAAUUUUCUGUCUUAGGUCACGUGUACUGAGUUCUUGUCCAAUCCGCUCACCGUCUCUACAGUGUUCUUAAUCAAUGUCCAGGAUGUCAACGAGGCUCCCUACAAUCUGACCAUCUCGUCCCAGUCUGUGAGCGAGAACCAAGAAACUGGUUACUUCGUGGGCAUGCUCAGUGUUCUCGAUCCUGAUUUACCGGUAGGCAACUGAUAGACACGGGUUUCUUAGUGAACCGCUUUCGCACUAGCUUUGGGUAGAAGAUCAGUGGUAUACCCGAAGCAUCUGGACUAGUAACUAGACUCCUGUUGACUGAGAGUACUCGGAUUUUUCUCUUAUAAGCCUCCUGGGUCACAGAAUCAGUGGAUAAAGAUCUUUCGCAAUUCUGAUUUGGGUACAAGAUUAUAAAAGCAAAAGCUGCCAAAAUAGUUUCCAGGUUGUACCUUUUGGUUCCUUUAUUGAUCUUCUUGAGACCUAUAAACCCUUGAACGCCCUUCAUCUACUAUGUUCAGAAACGAUUUGGCUUGGUGUGGAAAUGCGCGAUGUGCAGGGCUUGCGCGCAUGUCUCCACUUUUUUUUAUCUUCGCUUCUUUCUCUUGUUAGAGGUGUAAAAAUGGCGACUGUUUCGCAGCGCUACGUUUUUACCCGGGUCGCUGGAUUGGUAGUCUAUUCGGUUUUCCUUAGAGUAGCCCAUUUUACAGUUACAGUUAGAAACGAGGCUAGAGUUGACCUUGUUUUGAUACACCUCUUCCUGCUUUAUUAUGUAAAUCAUGUUCUUCUUAUGCUGGCUAACAUUUUUAAAGCAUAAUCCUUAUUAGAAAAGGAAAGAAGUUUGUAUUAUCAAAUCAAGGUCAACCUCAGCCUCACGUUUACUCAAAAGCUAGCACACUAAGCCUUCAACUGCAAAAUGGCUUAUUUUGUCCUUUGUCCCCCUCCCUUUAAAUUGUAACUUUCUUUCUCUUCUUUACAUAGACCAGCGGAUUUGCCAUUAUAUCUCUGGCCUUGAAAGAUCAAUCACCAGGCCCAGAUGCCUUUCAAUUGAUAAACAGCAGUCUGGUGACUACAAGGAUGCUUGAUUUUGAGAAUCAAAGCACGUACACGCUGACAGUUGUUGCAACGGACAGCGGUAACCCACCUCUCAGUACCAACCUCUCCUUCACGAUCCAGGUAUGGCUGAAUGAUUAUUCCUAAGCCACAACGAUAUGGUGUUGUCAUCUGCAAAUUAAAGUUUUUCAAUAUUUUGAGAACUAUUCCUAAGGCUCUCGACAGAAGAGUUAUGAGAAUUGGUUUUGACGAAAGACUUUCGCUCAAAACAUCGGUUCUUUAAAACCAUAUAUACCUUAAUAUCAGUCACCGCAAUUAUCUUCUCUGAGAGCUCACCCAUCUACUAAGGGAUACCAUAAUUUCUUCAGAGCUUUACCCGUCAAAAUCCAGCUUUUUAAAAGUGUGAGGAAAAAUAAACACGAUAUCGAGCAAAAAAAUUAGGGCAUUUGGGACUACCGACUGCUAACUUUGUUAGCAGCAAGUCGUUCUCCAAGCGUAAAUUUCAUACGUUCAUUUACUUCUAUAUAUUGCUUGUUUGCACGUGAAGUCAUGGCGGCCAUGUUGGUGAACAAGAACAAAAGCAUUUCCCACCGCUGGGAACUAAACUGCAUUUACCUGUAACAUUCGAAAAAAAACAUAUUGUAUUGACCACCAACAUGGCCGUCUUGCCAUGUGCUAACAAACUAAUAAUAAAUAGAACUAGUGCGAUUAUGGAACCGUUCGGCUGGGAAAGAAAUGACGAACAUCACCCCUUCGCCAAAACAUAUUGAUAACUCUUUCAUUUGCAGAUCAUGGUGCUCCUCUAAUUGUAAACAAAUUCACGAUGAAAGUAGCGACAAAACUGACCAGGGAAGGCCAGAGUUUGGUGAAAACGGCUUCUUGUCUCUUUACCCCAUCUCCAGUGUUCAUCACCGGGGCUUUCUUUUCAUCAGACUUCGCCUAUCGCUCAAAAAAUAAAAAUGAUAAAAAAGAAACACUGUUAAAUAAAGAGGUCUUGUUUAAGAAAAGAGAAUCAAUGAGAUUAUUCAUGAUGCCGUGCAAAGCGUUUGUACCUUGUAGUAUCAACUCGAAGAUAUUAGAUUGUUAGCUACUCUAAAAUUCGAGUAUAAAUAAAUUUUUAUGUUUAUGUACGUUAUGUUAUGGGAAUGGAAUCCCUUUGUUGCUACCUUCAUUGCCGGUCAAUAUGCUUCAUACCAGAAAGUUUAUUGCGACAUAUUACCUGUCUCCCAUACUGGUCAUAUUCAAGGGGUUGUUAAAUUAUGAAGGUAACUUUGAUUAUAUUUCAUUUUAGGUAAUUGACACAAAUGAGUGGCCCACCGGAGUAAGUCUUUUGUCAGACGGAAUCUACGAAAAUGCUACCGCUGGAACAGUUGUUGGCAUAUUGCGGGCUCAAGAUCAAGAUGUCAAUCAAAGUCAUUUCUUUACUAUCAAACAUAUAGGUAAGUAAGAGGCCGACCGUCUGACUUUUGAGGGGGUGGGGGCGGGUAUGGGUGAUUUUGUUUGGGUAAGAAUUUUUUCUCAAGCCUCUGGUGGUAGAAUUUUUUAUUUUCCCUGACAUACAAGCGGGUGUGAUUUUUUCCAACAUUAUACACCAAGAAAGAUAUAUUUUUUUUAGUGUAGUAAUUUUUUCCCCAGGUAUUUCCUUGCAAGGAUUUUUUUUUCCUCGAAAUCAGUCAGCAGGAUAUUUUUUUUUCUGAAAUCACCCAUACCACCCCUCAAAAGUCAAAUGGUCGGCCCCUAAGCGUUAGUAGAAUCACACGUUAACAGCCAUUUAAAAUUGAACCAACUUUUCUGUAUCAAUUAACGAAUCCAUAUCACUUAUGUGCAACAAACGUAUACUUAGGAAGCUCUGGAAGUGUCUGUUGAAGGCAAAAAUUGAUUCUUGCUUUUUUUCAGACUGGUUUGCUGUCAGAGGAAACAACUUGCUGUUGAGCAACUUUUCAUUAGAUUAUGAAACAACACCAGAAAUUAAUGUAACCAUUGAGGCUACUGAUAACGGUUCCCCUCCAUACUCCAAAGAGGUUUGUUUCAAUGCUNAAAGUCAAAUGGUCGGCCCCUAAGCGUUAGUAGAAUCACACGUUAACAGCCAUUUAAAAUUGAACCAACUUUUCUGUAUCAAUUAACGAAUCCAUAUCACUUAUGUGCAACAAACGUAUACUUAGGAAGCUCUGGAAGUGUCUGUUGAAGGCAAAAAUUGAUUCUUGCUUUUUUUCAGACUGGUUUGCUGUCAGAGGAAACAACUUGCUGUUGAGCAACUUUUCAUUAGAUUAUGAAACAACACCAGAAAUUAAUGUAACCAUUGAGGCUACUGAUAACGGUUCCCCUCCAUACUCCAAAGAGGUUUGUUUCAAUGCUUUCCUGUAAAUGACCUUCAACUUCUAAACAAACAUUAUUUCCUGCUCUGUCAUUAAGCGUAUACUGCAUUCACUUAAUUUCUCAUCAUUGUGGAGUCCAAAUGGACACCGUAUUGGCCUGCUAACGGGCUUUUUUGGGUGUAGUUCACCUAGACAUAAAAAUUAAACAGAGUAUCAAAGUAAAACCUAGUUGAGGAAGGGCUGUGCUACAUUUUUUUCUUUCGGAGAAGAACUAACGUUUUUUUUUUUAUGUAACAAUUUUGCAAAUGAAUCCUCCCUAAGACUUUGGACCUAGGAGCCACAUAAAGCUCUAUGUUGUUCUGCAUAUUAUGUUAUUUAUAAAACUGAGAUUAAUGUAUUAACUUUCCAAUGCAGGACGUCGUGAGUAUCAAAGUUCUUGACAGCAAUGAUCGGCCCUCAGAAAUAAUCUUAAACUCGUCCCUCUCGAUACACGAUAAUGUGACGUACACAGUUGUGAUCGCCGAGAACAGCCCGACUGGAACCUCGCUGACAAAUCUGAGCGUCGUCGAUGAGGAUGUAGGGCAGCAACAUCGCUGUAUGCUUCUUGAAGGAGGAAAUAACUUUUACAUCAGCUCCCUUUCUAAGUCGUCCUCAGAGAUUCGUGUCAAACAAGGGGCUAACUUGGACUAUGAAAGUCUCAGGGGGGCUCCAUUACAAGGUAUGUAUAGUUCUGGAUAAGUUCAUAUUUUUGUGAGAAAGCCGCCGGCAGCUUCCGCUAACGUUGAACCAACUUCCCGAGGUCGGGUCUUUCCGUCCCUGACACUCAUCGGGGGACUGGAAACUAGUUAUUGUUAUACAGUCAAACCUCCAUAUGCGACCACCUCCCAUAAGCGACCAGCUAUCCAAAACACCAAAAUUUCCCCAGUGAAAUCACUACGGUUGGAACCUUCCGUAAGCGACCGCGACCACUUUUUCUCUGAUGCUGGCUUUAGAAAAUACCAUUGUUCUCAUCCUCUUGUAAGCGCAAAAAAAGCGACCACUUUAGGCAUGGUUUGAUCUCUAUGUUUGUUGUAUGUGCUACACUUCUAAGAGAAUGUCAUGCACUUUUAGAGACAACUUUAAACUACGCAUAUCGUAACUUAGAAACUGAAUGUAAUGAAUUCUCUCCCAAAGACGUAGAUGAGUCUGGGCCUCUUCUCGGAAGAGACUCCAUGUGGUUCGAUUCUUUUAAGCUACCACCUCCCGUAAGCGAUCACUGAACCUUCGCGUUUUUGGUGGUCGCUUACGGGAGUUUUGACUGUAACUGGCUGAUAACUAAGACUCGGUUAAUAAUCAGGAAGCUUGAAAAGUUUCACGACAGACUAGUCUCCUCGCAGCCGUUUUUAGGUUCGUCACGCAUGUGGGGAGGAGCGUUGCGUGACGAGCCUAAAAACGGCUGUGAAGGAGAUUAACGACAAACUGAAUUUUGGUGUUCUAUCAAACAGUUACUGUCAACUGUGUUGACAAUGGAAAUCCUCCAUAUUCCAUUCAACGAAGUUUCAGCGUUCAAGUUUCUGAUGUCAACGAGGCACCAUUCGACAUUCGCUUUUAUGGUGCUACGGUCAUAAAGGAAAAUGUUCAGGUCGGUUACAUCGUAGGAAAUGUCACGUGCAAGGAUCCGGAUAUUGGGCAGAAGCACAUUUUUACAGUCAUUGGACAUUACUCGUCUGUUUUCCAGGUAAAAAUGCAUUUUGUUGUUGUUGCUGGUUUUUCUUUCAUAGAAUGAUGCCUUCAUACAUUUAUAAUAAACUUAAGAAAUAACGCGCUCUCUGAUUGGUUGAAAAAGCGUGCUUUAUGAGAGUAAAAGACAUUCUGGUGACACUCUCGUUUGCGUUGAAAACAAAAUGAAACUCCUAUGGACAUCAAUAAACAUUUUGUUUUGAAAAUUAGGAAGUAAUGCAGUGAAGUAAUGCGUCAGGAAUUUAAUUCGUGGGGAAUUUAGCAAAACAAAUGUAGAAGCCUUGACCGUGCUCUGCUUUGCUGUAAAGCACUUAAGAAGCGACUGAGAGCACUCAAGAAGUAGAGAGAAACGCUCGACUACGUUUCGUGUUUUCCCCUACACUUCUUUCGUGCUCUAACUGCUUCCUGCGUGCUUUACAACAGAACAUAGCACAGUUUAGGAGGCUUCUUUAUUUGUUAAACCAUGAACAGUGCCGAAGGAAAACCACAUGGAUAAUCGAUAUCAAUCGAUGCCAAUAGACCGAUACCACCCUGGCCAAUAGAUAGGCCAUUUUCACAAUAGGCCGAUACCACCCGAGCCAAUAUGUAGGCUGUUUUCACAAUGAAGUCACACUAUCAUACUACGGCUCUCAGAAUGCUUUCGAAGUUUGUUGCCUUGUGGAAAUCUAGAGCUACGCGCACUGUUGUUUAAAAUUCCCUGAGGUUACUUAAUUUGUAACAGAAAGGAAAAACGUAGUAGUGACAAUAGCGUUAAAAUACUGGACCUUUUACGACGCUUGUUACCAAAAUUUGAGCAGUGGAACUGACCUUCGACAAACUACUACUAUCGUUUGAGGGAAUGAGCCAUUACAAAUGAAAUUUGUCCAUCUUUUUGGUGAACUAUUCCGUAGCUAGCGUGAAAUGCUGGCCAUAUUUUUGUAGACAUAUCGCUCCUUCAAUGGAUUGGUUUCCGAUGAAGGUCUGAAACUGAACAAAAGCUGUAUUUGAAGGCUGAGAAAACAGCCGAUAUUUUGCGACGCCACCUUUCGUUACCCCGCGAAAUGAUGCCGGUCUGAGGAACGAGCACAAAAUUCCAUACUGAUGACGUCUCACUACCCAGAUGUAAGUAUAGUGCUUUGAUUGGUUAAAAGCAAAUUUUCCUUUCGGCACGACCAACGUCAUUAGUAUGGAAUCUCUGCAGUUGUUUCACAGACGUCAGUUAGUGGAAAAACGUCAGUUGUUUUCUCAGGUUGAUAUAUUUGUGACCUUUAGUCCUUCAUCGGAACCUGACUUUGAACUGCAUUUGAGUGACAAUCGUAUUCAAGAGGUUAAAAAUUAAGAUUUUAUCACUUAGGAAAAUAAGAAGAACGUACAGUCUCACUUCUUUUUUGGAAUGAACUUUUUUCCAGGUUAACACCAGUGGAAACCAGCUCUAUGUUAUAAAUUCAUCAUUCCUGAAUUAUGAGGCUUUACAUGUGCCUGCAGUGCUGCUGGUCAGCAUUCAAGCAACAGAUGCACCAGUGGAACAAACAGGACCUCCACUUCACGUCAUUAGUGACGUCAAUAUCAGUGUUGUUGACGUCAAUGAGCCACCAACUGAGAUUCGAUUAAUUCCUAAUAACAUUUCCAUUCCAGAAAACGUUUCGAUCGGUUACUGUAUCGCGCAGAUCACAUGCAGUAACCCUGAACGCAGCCAAAAAGUAAAUUAUACACUUCUGCAUCAUCAGGACACGUUUGCUAUCAAAGAUACCUGUGACAACAAUUCUUCUGUAGUGAAUGACGCAAAGGGUGACCUGCCCUACUUGACAGUUAAGUCGCAUCUCAGUUAUAACUAUUACCGUAUCUAUGAGGUUCUUAUAGAAGCGGAAGAUAAUGGAAUUCCCCCGCUAUCUUUUAACGGCACCGUUGACGUCAACGUGACAAAAAUUGACCCUUGUUGGUCACUUCCGUGUCAAGAGAAUUCUAAGUGUAGACGCGUUGAUUGGCAGAAUUACACGUGUCCUUGCAACGCGGGAUACUCGGGUGACGGUCGUGUCAACUGUUCUGAAAUAGAUGAGUGUCUGUCGAGCCCGUGCGGCAAUGGCACAUGUCAUGAUUACGUGAAUUAUUACAACUGCACGUGCCCCAGUGGAUAUUAUAACGGCAUGAGUUGUUCGAAUAUGAUUAAUUUCUGCCUGUCGAACCCUUGUCAAAACAACGCUACGUGUUGGAUGCACUUAAAUGGAUACAACUGCAGCUGUGCGCUUGGUUUUACAGGUCUGCAUUGUGAAACAAAUAUAGAUGAUUGUGCGAGUGAGCCUUGUACGGAGGGGGUUUGCGUAGAUGGAAUCAACAAAUUUACUUGCAACUGUAGCGGCUCUAGCGGCUCUGGGUUUUUUGGGACUCGAUGCAAAAGAAUGCUUGGCGUUGAUCGAGAAAAUGAGGACUCGCCCUUA